AUGCUGAGUGCUCGGAGCACUCUUAGCCGCACAUGGAAGUGUCGCUGCGAACGGGUCGCGGCCGCACAGGCAUAAGUUUUAGCUUGGGAGACCGGGCGGGAGGUGGGGAGGGAUUUCCCUGACGCCACCAACGAGAUUUUAAGUGGCAAAACAAGCCAUGAGCCGGAUUUAGAAGCAGGGGAGUGAGCCUGGGAACCUUUACUCACCCCAGCAGGUCCUGCUUCCAUUUUCUUCAUCCCAGGGUUUUUCAGGCUUUUUUUGUUUUUGCUUCUGCAUGUUAGAAUUGGCACUUUUGGAACAAAAUUGACCCCCUUGUCCAGGAGCCUCUCUAAAACAUGGCCAUCCAAGAUGGUGGCCAAGACACGCCCCCAUAAUGCCCCCCUUCUAUUGUCCCUCUUGUAGUUUUUUUUCCUGUCCCUCCAAGCUCAUUUUCACCAUCCUCCCAAAUAUGCAUCCAUUUACUGGUAAGACAGGUGUGUUUUCUUUUGAUCUAAUAGUCCAGGACUGCCCAAAAGGUAGAUCCCCAGAAGUUGUAGAACUACAGCUACCUUGAUGCUUUGCAUGCAUUUAGAAUGUCUUUAGAAUAGUGUUGGUCACUUGCUUGAGAAAGUGUUUUAGUACUCAUACUGUCCAAUCAAGCGUUUAUGUUGAAUGAGUGCGUUCCAAAGGGAAUUUUUUUUUUUUAUUGUAAUAGAUACAUUGCAUGUUAUAUUAGCAAAGCUGAGAUAAGUACAUGAUACACCAGUUAAAGGACCACUAUAGGCACCCAGACCACUUCAGCUUUAUGAAGUGGUCUGGGUGCCAGGUCCAUCUAGGAUUAACACUUUCUGCUAUAAACAUAGCAGUUUCAGAGAAACUGCUAUGUUUACCUAUGGGUUAAUCCAGCCUCCAGUGGCUCUCAUUGACAGCCGCUGGAGCCGCUUCUGCGCUUCUCACUGUGAUUUUCACAGUGAGAAGAUGCCAGCGUCAAUAGGAAAGCAUUGAGAAUGCUUUCCUAUGAGACUGGCUGAAUGCGCGCAUGGCUCUUGCCGCCCAUGCACAUUCAGCCAAUGACGGGGAAAGAAGGAGAGUCCCCAGCACAGAGGGAGCCCGGCGCUGGAAAAAAGGUAAGGGAUUAAACCCUUCCUCACCCUAAAGCCUGGUGGGAGUGGGGCCCAGAGGAUGAGGGGGACCCAAGACCCUACAGAGCCAGGAAAACGAGUAUGUUUUCCUGGCACUAUAGUGGUCCUCUAACCCCUUAAGGACACGUGACAUGUGUGACAUGUCAUGAUUCCCUUUUAUUCCAGAAGUUUGGUCCUUAAGGGGCUAUGGGCUUAAUUUUAGGCUUUGACUUGACUCUUAGCCUAGGAACAUGGGCGUCCUUUCAGCUUGUUCUGCUAAUUUUCGUGUGAGAUUGAAAAUACAGUGCAAUACCCGCGCCACUGUGUAUGAAGAGAGACAGGGAUAGGAAGCUGCAUCUUAUCCCAGCUUCUCUCUGACUGAAUCCGCAGGGGAGCAGCACAUACAGCCAGCAGAGACAGCCUACAGAUCAGGUAAGUGAGGCAUGGGGGGGUGAGACUGCCUACAGAUCAGUGAAGUGAGGCAUGGCUACUAGAUGCAUACUUUCAAGGAUAUAAUCUUUCAAUGUAGGGCAAUAACUGCUUGAUCCAAGGAUAAAUCUGACUGCCAUUCUGGGGUCAAGAAGGAUUUUUUUUCCUAGCUUGUUACAAAAUUGGAAGUGCUUCAAACUGGGUUUUUUUGCCUUCUUUUGGAUCAACAGCAAAAAACAAAUGUGAGGAAGGCUGAACUUGAUGGACGCAAGUCUCUUUUCAGCUAACCAUAGUGGGUGGGGGCAGAGACAGCCUACAGAUCAGGUAAGUGAGGCAUGGGUGGGCAGUGAUAGCCUACAGAUCAGGCAAGUGAAGCAUGGGGGGGCAGAGAUAGCCUACAGAUCAGGGAAGUGAAGCAUGGGGGGGCAGAGAUAGAUUACAGAUCAGGGACGUGAAGCAUGGGGGGGCAGAGAUAGCCUACAGAUCAGGGAAGUGAAGCAUAGGCGGGGCAGAGAUAGCCUACAGAUCAGGGAAGUGAGGUAUGGGGGGGCAGAGAUAGCCUAUAGAUCAGGGAAGUGAGGCACAUGGUGGGCAGAGAUAGACUACAGAUCAGUGAAGUGAGACACAUGAGGGGCAGAGAUAGCCUACAGAUCAGGGAAGUGAGGCACAUGGGGGGCAGAGAUAGCCCACAGAUCAGUGAAGUGAGGCACAUGGGGGCAGAGAUAGACUACAGAUCAGUGAAGUGAGGCACAUGGGGGGCAGAGAUUGCCUACAGAUCAGUGAAGUGAGGCACAUGGGGGGCAGAGAUAGCCUACAGAUCAGGGAAGUGAGGAACGGGGGGCAGAGAUAGCCUACAGAUCAGUGAAAUUGCCAGGGGCAUAUGGGGGCAGAGAUAGCCUGAAUCAGAGUGAGGGAUGGAGGCAGAGAUAGCCACAAGAUCAGUGAAGUGAGAUCAGGGAAGUGAGGCAUAUGGGGGGCAGAGAUAGCCUACAGAUCAGUGAAGUGAGGCAUAUGGGGGGAAGAGACUGCCUACAGAUCAGUGAAGUGAGGCAUAUGGGGGCACAGAUAGCCUACAGAUCAGUUAAGUGAGGCAUAUGGGGGGCAAAGAUAGCCUACAGAUCAGUGAAGUGAGGCAUAUGGGGGGCAGUGAUAGCCUACAGAUCAUCGAAGUGAGGCAUGGGGGUGCAGAGAUAUCCUGUGAGGGAUGGGGGGGGGGAGGCAGCCUAUAGAUCAGGUAAGUAAGGGAUGGAGGAGACAGCCUACAGGAAGGGUCAGCAAGGACCAGGAAGGUAAAGUAAGAGAAGGAGCAGAAAUGAGAAGGAAUAGAAAUGAGCAGAAAGGGGCAGCAAGGAGCUGGAAGGGACAGCAAGGAGCGCAACAGGUAAAGUAGGAGAAGGAGCACAAAGGAACACAAAUGAGCAGGACGGGGCAGCAAGGAGCAGGAACGGUCUGCAAGGAGCACGAAGGGUCAACAAAGAGAAGGAAGGGUCUUCAAGGAGCAGGAAGAGUCAACAAGGAGCAGGAAGGGUCAGCAAGGAGCAGGAAGGGUCAGCAAGGAGCUGGAAAGUAAAGCAGCACAAAGGUAAAGUAGAAGGAGCAGAAAGGGUCAGCAAGGAGCUGAAAUUGGCAGCAAGGAGCAGGAAGGGACAGAAGGAGCACAAAGGUGAAGUAGGAGAAGGAACAGAAAUAAGCAGGAAGGGUCUGCAAGGAGCAGGAAUGGUCUGCAAGGGGCAGCAAGGAGUAGGUAGGUUCUGCAAGGAGAAGGAAGGGUCUGCAAAGAGCGGAAAGGGACAGAAGGACCACAAAGGUAAAGGAGCAGAAAGAAUCAGAAAGAGCACAAAGGUAAAGUAGAAGAAGAAGCAGAAAAGGGUAGCAAGGAGUAGAAAGGGACAGCAAGGAGCACAAAGAUAAAGUGGGAGAAGGAGCAGAAAUGGAUCAGAAAGAGAAAGGAGCAGAAGGGGGAGCACAAUAAGCAGAAAGGAGCAGAAGGAGCCAAGGAGGAGAGAAGACAGUGUCAGAAGAAAAAGAAGACUGUGUCAAAUGAAGGAGAAGAAAAGGUGAUUGGAGCAGGAAGGACAAGUGAAGUGAACCCUCCACUUUAUUCUGGACACCACAUCAUAAGGCUUUGGUACCUGGGCCUGGCAGGGAAACUUUGGACCUUCUCAUCUCCCCAGGUAAAAAAAAAUAUCAGUGUUAAUGUGUUCACUUUUAUUUACCAAGUGUCAAGAAGCACAGAGGGCUGCUGGGGAGGGGUGUCGCUGAUUGGCUAGAGCGGUCAGCUGGCACUCUAAGCCAAUCAGUAGCUCCCCAUUCAUAAAAAAGUAAAAAAAUUUAUGAACCGGGAACUAGCAAUUGGCUUAGAGCGUCAACUGAUCACUCACUCUAGCCAAUCUGUAGCACCCAUGCCUGACGUCAAUCUGCACUUCCUGACACUCCGUUUCAGAUGCCGAAUACCACUGAGCGACCUGGAAAUCUGGAGCUGGAGGAAGCCUUUGGGGUUAAACCAUUUGAGAGCGAUUUAACCCCUUAGAGGAUAGAGAGCACCCAGGGGCUUCCUGGCAUCAUAGCAUUUUCAUUUAGAUGAAGUUGUUAUGGUGACCAGAAUGCUCCUUUAAUUUGCUUAAAGGAACACUAUAGUGUCAGGAAUACAAACAUGUAUUCCUGACACCAUAGUUUUAAAAACGCUAUUCACCCUGGCUUUAUGUGAUAAUGACUAUGCUCCUCCCCUUCAUGGCACUGUCAAAAAAGGACCAAGCAUGGAUGUCAUUACAAUUAUGCCCCCCCCGGAAAAAUUCCUGCGGACGCCCAUGUGUGUGCGGAUUCAAGGUUCCAACCUGAAUAUUCAUUACUAAUAAGUGUAACUACUUAUAAUAUAUGGCAUUUUUAUUUAUUCUGUAGAUAUCCUGUUUAUAUAUCCUCUACAUAAGUGUAUUUUUAAGGAUUUUUGUGAUGGACAGCAGAGACUGGGAGGGUUAAAUGUGCUGCUGGAGGGGGAAACCCUAAGGACGUCCUGUAGGCCAGAGUCUGGGGUGCAGGUGUGAGAAUUAGACACUAGUGGUGGAGAAUGUAGAAUAGAACGUGAGUAACCCCCAAUGAAGGAAGGGACUCUCUACUGGUUUUUAAUAGAAAUGGGGGGAAGUGUAAAUAAAAAGAAUGCAACGUGUUAGUACUUAGUGCAAAGGUAAGUGGGGAAAGUAAGUACCCAAUACUCAGCUAUUAAUGUCUAUCAUAUCUACAAAAUCAAUACUUUAUUAAUAUAAACAGUGUAAGAGAUACAUCUAGAGACGCUGCUGAGGAAAGACAAUGGGAAAGCAUUUCCAUUGAAUAAUCCGGUUUAUUGAGCUUAAAGGACCACUAUAGUGCCAGGAAAACAUACUCGUUUUCCUGGCACUAUAGUGCCCUGAGGGUGCCCCCACCCUCAGGGACCCCCUCCCGCCCGGCUCUGGAAGGGGGAAAGGGGUUAAAACUUACCUUUUUCCAGCGCUGGGCGGGGAGCUCUCUUCUACCGAUCCUCCUCUUCUCCUCCCAUGCAACUGAAUGCGCACGCGCGGCAAGAGCUGAGCGCGCAUUCAGCCGGUCACAUAGGAAAGCAUACAUAAUGCUUUCCUAUGGACGCUGGCGUGCUCUCACUGUGAAAAUCACAAUGAGAAGCACGCAAGCGCCUCUAGCGGCUGUCAAUGAGACAGCCACUAGAGGAAAUAGGGGAAGGCUUAACCCAUUCAUAAACAUAGCAGUUUCUCUGAAACUGCUAUGUUUAUGAAAAAAUGGGUUAACCCUAGCUGGACCAGGUACCCAGACCACUUCAUUAAGCUGAAGUGGUCUGGGUGCCUAGAGUGGUCCUUUAACAGACAGUAUGUAAGGCGGGGUAUAGCCACCAUUGAGGAAGGCUAUAUUUCUCUAGCUAUUUAACCUGGGUUCAUGGGAACGUGAACUGAUACUUAAUGCUUUCCCAUUGUCUUUGCUCAGCAGCGUCUCUAGAUGUAUCUCUUACACUGUUUAUAUUAAUAAAGUAUUGAUUUUGUAGAUACGAUAGACACUAAUAGCUGAGUAUUGGGUACUUACUUUCCCCACUUACCUUUGCUCUAAGUACUAACACGUUGCAUUCUUUUUAUUUACACUUCCCCCCAUUUCUAUUAAAAACCAGGAGAGAGUCCCUUCCUUCAUUGGGGGGUACUCACGUUCUAUUCUAUAAUUUCAAUUAGUAUUUUUGGGUCCAAGUCCUUUGAUGGAUCUGGUACCACUAUACUGACCACUGUGUGUCUAUCCCAGUUUUGAAUUGGGUUUACACGGGAUUUUCUCUUUGUAUUUACUAGUGGUGGAGCACAGAAGCCAGGCUGGAUGAUAUCUGCUAAUGUGUGAGGAGAUGUAAACAGGGGCAUGGUUAUGAAGAGCUUUGUAAGGAAGCAUGAGAACUUUGAACUAAAAGAAACCAAUGUAGAGACUGACAGAGGAAUGACGUGUGAGAGGUGUUGGAUGUAAGGUAGUCUGACAGAGGAAAUCAUUAUAGACUGUAGAGGGGGUCAUCUGGGUACUGUUCAGUCUGACAAACAUAGGGUUAAAAGAAUCAAAGUGAGAAAGAACCAGAGCAUAGACAAGUGCCUUACUUUAGCCCUGAGUGUGAAAGGGACAAAAGCGAGAAAUGUUUUUAAGGUGAAUAUUAAGAUCAGAGACAAAGAGCACACCAAGUCCACACGCCUGAGGGGUAGAGGUUAUGAUAGCUCCGUUGACCUUAAAGGGUUACUCAAGCAGUCUUGGGGGUGGGGGGCUUUUUUCAGUGUAACAUGCCAUAUUGGGCUCUAUGAAGUUGGUUGAUUUUCAGAAUAACCUACAAAAAUAAAGUUUGGCUUACUUGGCACUGAUGUCCACGUCUCCAUCUGAUGACAGAUGGGCCUCUCGCAGUCCAACCACAGCCUUCUUCUCAUAGAGGCUUGUUGGCGCCAGUCACCUCCUUCUUUGCAGCCCAGAAGCUGCAGCAUUGAGCUUAAUCCAGUGGUACUAACGUUAUUAGCCAAUGAGCCAGCUUAAAAAUAAAAGGGAAAAUACGGUAGAGCCUUGCAAAAGUACCAAAGGAAUAGGUGAUACGUGCCGGGGUACCCUAAGUAAAUUGUCAAACUGAUCACAAAUGGUGAGCAGGGCACUAAUAAGACUAUAACCACUACAGGCUGGGCUGUAGUGCUCACGGUGCUUGGAGUGUUCCUUUAAUGUUUUGACUUUUUUUAUUUUAAUAUUUUGAGAUCGAAUUGAGAAGAAAGUCUAAAGCCCAUUCUGAGAGAAAGGUUUGGUGAAGAAGUUGGAACGUGAAGAAAAUGUGGUACUUUUUACUCUGUGUCGUAUGUAAAUGUCAUGGAAUUCACUUUGAGUGCAGUACAAAACAAAACAGAUACCAUAUUAAUUCAUUACACAUUUUUCUUCUACACCCUUUUGGAUUGAAUUACUUUUAAAUAAUUCUGUUCAUAAAAAAAGCUUGCUCUCCAAACUAUGCUUAGAUUGAAGAUUUUCUAUGUGGGUCAACGGCUUUGGAAAGUACUUUACUGAUCACUAAUUAAGAAAGGCAGCAUUCCUGUCGUUGUUAAUCUUGUUACACCUCCCGGCAGUCAAUCAGACAACAGGUCCUGUUACUUCCUGGUUUGGUUCGCUCUGUGGAGCUAAACUCAAGAGGCAGCAAUUGCUCAGAGCACCUCCCUUGCAAAGACUUCUCAUUUAGCUGCAUUGGGAAGCCUGUGAUUGGACAGCCACAGAAAGUCUGGGCGGGGUUAGAAGGGGAGGGCUAGCAAAGGCUGCAGAUAUCAGAUCACCAAAUUUUUCAAGUUGCCUUUAGAUAUACCCCAACCAAAAUGUGCAUGCAUGUUUUCAUUAGGGAAUAUCAACUAAAUUGUUUGGGUUUUUUUGUUUGUUUUUUUUAUAAACCAUUGGCCUGCUCCUUUAACCCUAAGUGGUUUAACCCACUUUAAGUUAGAUAACACUUUAUUUUCAACAAAUGGUCUUUUACGGGAAUAUUUUAUUUUAUACUAGUUUGAAAUGUGGUGUUGUGAAACUGUUAUUUAUAUACAACCCAGCAGAUGUCACUGUUGUGUACAAACUAAUACUGUCUAUAAAAAGAUAUAUACAAUUUCCAGAUAUUCCUCAGUUUGCAAAUCUUACUCUACAACACAAUUUGUGUACAUAAUUGAGCAUUUUUUUGAGUUCUAUGAACUCACUAGAGGUAUAGCAAAGGUAAAGCUGAGAGCAACAUGGUAAUAAGAUAAAAGAGACAACAUGAUUGAAACAUCCUUAACCCCUUCAAUACCAAGCACUUUUUGGUUGAAAAAAAUAUUAGUAUAACAUGUAUUUGAUGCAAGGCAUGCACAGCAAGAAUAUGAACAUAUCAUAACACAGCAAUUUUGUAUACAGAUUGCUUUUCAGACACACUUUAAAUUUACUUAAAAAUAAACUUUAUGUAAAUGUACAAAAUGUUAUCUUUUUCUUUUACGUUUAACCUUUAUAAAAAUGUUUAAUUAAUGGGAAUCUUUAGUCAGUAUACAAUGCCCUUUAUCUUGCAAUAUUUUACACUUGGUCAGAAAUGUUAGUAUAAAUGCAAAGGUGCAAUUGUUCUCACACAGUACCGUGACAAAAAUAGAUAAAUAAAAAUGGCCAAAUACAUUGCUUAUAGGUAUUUGCAAGGACCAAGACAUUACUAGAAGUGCAGCUUGUUGAAAAUAGCAACAGAAAGUAAAAAGAAUGCCUGUAUUUAUGCAUAAUGCCCACAUACAAAAAAUACAGUUAAAUCAUAUUUCUAAAAUAAAGGUAUUUAAACCGGCUAUGUCAGUCUUCAUCAAUUCCCCGGACUGUAGUAAUGAUAUGACCCAUUGAAACUUCCUUUACUGUUUAGAACCGUGGGGGGAGCUUACAUUUUCACCAGGUUUACAGGCAUUAUAUCAGUGACUGAUGACUACUUGUAGGGAAAUGUGUUCCUCUAGAGGCUGGUAAUCAUUUCUGGAGUAUAAGUGAGAGUGAGUGAUGCUUUAUGGACUAAAUGAAUUUCAUAGUGCAAAAUUCAUGAUAUUCAAAAACUUUAUACUCGAUUUUGCCAAUGAAGGGGUUAAAUCUUGGACCCCAAUAUAUAUAUAUAAAUAUUUUGUUAUAAGAGUACGAAUUCUUAGCAAACAGAUCCCAUGUAGACCACUGCCUAAUUUGCCCAUUGGUAAAUUCUUCCCUGAGGAGUCUCUCUACAUGUUUCUAUACCGCACAGUAACUGCAAACACUCCAUAAUUUUUUAUAUUUUUUAAAAUGUCUUCCCUCCAUGGUUUCCCAUAACACCUUCUUUAUUCCAUAAUGGUGUAAGAUAUAGAUGAACAAAAGAAAAAUCUCUAUACAAAAAAACUAGCAGAUGCAGGGGCUAGCUGGCUGUGAUAUAAGCCUCUUUCUAGGUGUGUGGCAUCUGAUGUUAAUCGUGAUGGACACCCCUAGAUGAGAGAACGCAACUCAUCAUAACAUGAUGCGCUGCCACUAUCCGUAUCAUGGACAGAUUAACCAUUUAAUGUCAUGCCAUGAAGUGGUGAUGGAUCUAGAUUCCUAUUAGAGGAAGAAGUGAAGGAGGAGUUAGCUUUGUAACAGCUGCAAGCACGUUCAGCAAGAACGCAGUAGUCAGAGCCAAGCAAGCCAUGUAAUGUCUCAGUGCCCACCUUCAAGGAUUAUGCUCUGGGCACUGGCAUGAACUCUCUAAACCAGCUCUACCAAGAGCUACAAAGCAAGAUUAUCUCACUGCAAGAUUUUAAAUGGACCAACAAAUAGAGGAGCCAUUUAAAACAAAGGACCAUGUAAGUAGUUAUGUUAUGGAAUGCCAGACUUGAUAGGACAGAUUGAUUAGAUAAGAAGAACCAGACAGUGACUAAGGAAGGGCAACUUCCUUGUACAAAGAAGGGACGUGCAUGGCUAAAAAAUGUUGUUCGGUUCGGUUCAGCACUUCCGAAAUUCCGGACUUUGGCAAUUCGGGACUUCAGUUCAUCACUUCCGAAAUUCAGGAAUUCGUCAAUUCAGGAAUUUGGAAAUUCAAUGAAAUGCAGGACUUCUGCACUUUGGGAAAUCGAGACUUCGGCAAUUCCAUAACCCUAACCCUACUCCUAACCUUACCACUAACCCUAAUCCUUACCCUAACUCUAAUCCUACCCCUAUCCUGCCAGGGUUAGGGGUAGGAUUAGUGGUAGGGGUAGGGGUGGGGUUAUCUCCCUCUCCUGUUUUGCCACUUUUAAGAAAUCCGAAGCUCUUCGGCACUUCCAAAAUUUGGCACUUCGGCAAUUCUGUUUGGAUUGGCACUUCCGAAAUUCGGCAGUUCAGAAAUCCGGCACUUCCGGAAGCAUACGAAUGUCCGAAUUGCCGAAAGUCGUCCAAAUUUGAAUUCAGACAAAAAUUAAUUGAAAAUGUCUAGUACAAAGCAGCAACUCAAGUGGAAGAUGAUCUACCAUGAUCUACUGUUAUAUUAUACCCUAUGAUAAUUUGACUGUGGAUGGUUAGGAAGUAAUAGAAGACCACAUGGAAAGGUUCAAGGAUCUCUAGAGCAACACACUGGAUGAACGUUUACAUUUUAUCAGCCAUGUAACAGUUAAAGGAACACUCCAAGCACCAUAACCACUACACUGCAUGCCCUUACCCCUAUUGUAAGAAGCCAUACUCAUGUAGAAUGGCUUGACUUCUUACCUUGGAAAUACACAUGAAAAAAAGGAAAGGCAGUCUGAAAAACUUAUUCAAUUAGGGUGUUAUUGGUUACAUUGGUGCUUUUUUUCAUUAAUGUCUGAUUUUAUAAUCAUUCAACAAUUAAUAAAGGCUAUGUUUUUAUACUUUUUUUUCUGGGCUGUCUUACCUUUUAUCUCAUUUCUAUAUUCAAACAAAUAUAAUGUCUGCAGCCUUUGCAUACCCUCCCCUUCGAACCCGUCCAGACUUUCUGUGCCUGUCCAAUUACAGACUUCCCAGUGCAAAACUAAGCUAAACUACCAGGAAGUAACAGGACUAGUUGUCUGAUUGACAGCCAGUGGGUGCAACAAAGUUCAUUUAUAAAAGCUCUAAUAUAUAUAAAAAAAACUGCACUUUUUGUAACAUGACAAAAGAGGACACAUUCUUUCAGCAAGCUAAAGUGCUUUUGGUUGUGUUGAAAGUCUGAUACGUUAAUUGGCACCUGUUCAUUCAAGUAAAUUAUGUAGGUAUUUGUCUAUCCUCAGUAUAGAAUCAUAGCUUUGAUAAUGGGGGUCUUACAGUGUAUAUUGCACAGAACAUGGGAUCCCAGCAGAACACCAUAUUCAACACCAUUCUCAAUGUCAUUCCCUAAUAAUGAAGGUUUGUGAGUGCGUUAUUUAGAAAUUGUAUCUAACUAAGGUUUCUUUAGAUGGUUUGGACUAAAUGGUGGGUCAUUAUUGAGCGGCAAUGCUGCACAUGCGCAUUAGAGCUCCCCAUAGGAAAGCAUUGAAAAUGCUUUUCAAUGCUUUCCUAUGGGGAAAUGAGCAACGCUGUAGGUCCUCACACAGUGUGAGGACGUCCAGCGACGCUAUAGCACCGGUUUCCUGUGCUAGAAACCAGGAAGUGCCCUCUAGUGGCUGUCUAGUAGACAGCCACUAGAGGUGGAGUUAACCCUGCAAGGUAAUUAUUGCUGUUUAUAAAAAACUGCAAUAAUUACUGUUGCAGGGUAAAAGUAGUGGGAGUUGGCACCCAGCCCACUCCAAUGGGCAGAAGUGGUCUGGGUGCCUGGAGUGUCCCUUUAAGUUUGGCCAUGAAUAUAGAUUCUUUGUGCUCUCAAAACAGUCUUCGUAGGUGUUCUUACACAGGUAGAGACAAGUACCUUGUCAGGCAAUUAGCAGAAUGCAACGGAGGCCAUCAUACAUUUCAAAACACAGAAAUAACACUUUAACCCUGUAAAUGUUCUAUUGUCAUUAAGACCCCUUUCCCUAUAUUCUAUCAAGGAAUUUGAAACAAUAUUUCCCAUGAAAUGUGUUCAUGGUUGUGGUAGUAAUUUUAGCAAUGUUGAUUUCCUUCCACCUCACCCCUUGCUAACACCAUUUCCCCAAAUUUAGCUAACUCUCCCUUCAAUAAUGAGCACAUUUGUGCUGCUAACAACUCCUGGCUUAGAUUCAGCAAAUAGCAUUGGGCAAAGAUUGUAAACCUCAAACUUUCACAAAGAUCUGCUUGUUCGAAAUUCUUACUGCCAUCCUAAUUCCGCUGUGUCCCUCUUUUCUUCCAGACAAUGACUUUACUGAAAGGCACAAAUUUCACCAACUUGAGAUCCCUUCUGAUUGGCCAAUAUUCAAAGAAAGGUCGGAUUUGCAUGUAAAAGAACUUAAAUCUCAUUGAAAUUCUUCACACGUAGUAAUCAGUUAGGAAAGAAACAAUGCAUUGAACAAGUUCAAGGACUCCAAACAUAUUUCUACCAUCCUUCCUGUAGUCCUGGGAAAAAUGCACUGACUUUCUUGUGCAUUCAGAAUAGGAUUCACUCAAUGGUCUAGCUAAUCACAAUUAUGGAUGUAUAAAAUCGAUAAAGGAGAAUAAUCCACAAUUUUUCCAAACUGAAGAGUUUUUUAUAAAACAUUUUGGAAAGAAAACCUCCUUGGGGGAGGAGGGUGAGUACUAUAACAACUAUAUUGUUUCAGAAAAUAUAAAAAUGUCAAGAAAAAAAGGAUCUGUACAUAUUUAAAUAAGACUUGCGCAUUAAUUUCUUGAAAUGCACGUUGCUCGUCACACAUUAUAUUUUAGUACGAUACAGAACACUAACUGUUACUACAAUGUUUAAAUUGAAAUUAGUACUUAAUACCUAAUACAAUCAGAAUUGUUUCAGAUUCAAAACUAAAUUGCAUAACUGGGGUGAUUUACUAAGCUACGAUUUUUAGAGAAUUUAGAAAAGAAUUGCAAACUGCAGCCCAAAACAGCAACAUUUUAAAAAAAAUCUUUCACUUGUUAAAUCUUUAAAAAAAAUUAUGUCAACUUGGCAACUGCUCCAUUAGUUUGGUCUAAAAUUUGCAAUUAUCUUUUAAAUUCUCCAGAAUUUUUGCAGUCUCUGCAGGCUAACAGAGGGUUGCAAAUCCUUAAGGGAUUUUUUUCUGAGAAUAAUGGAAGUUGCGGACCAGGAACGUUCAAUACUUUUUAUAUAUAGCAGUGAUUUGGUAUAACACAACACAUGCAAUUUCCUGUUAAUAUAUUAGAAAAUUAUCCUCUUAUCUAUUUGCAGUCUCCUCUGCCAGAAACUAAACCGGCAGUUCACUCAUUCACGUUGAUGAAACAUGCAUGGCCGAAGUAGUUAAUCAUUUGCUAACGUUAUGUGAUGUACUGUAAUAAAUCAUUAUUUCACUAUAACUGAAGAUCACACACUAAGGGCUGUGAUUGAGAUGGGUGAGUGUACAUAGAAUACUUGGGUAUAAGGCUGGUUGGUUCAUGCGGGUAUAAUUGCCCCAUAAUUGUACAGUGCUGCGGAAUUUGUUGGUGCUUUAAAAAUGCUAAUAAUAAUUUAUAAAUAAAUAAAUAAAUGGUCGUGUCAACUACAAGAAGUAAUAAGAAUAUCAGAGAGAGAAGGAGCAUGGAUUAUAGGAUUAUUAGAUAUGAUACAGAAAGAUAUAAAUUAUUUUAAAAAUCCUACUUGCUGAUUUAUAAAAUGACACACCAAGAAUUAUAUAGAAAAAGAAAUCUAUAAUGUUGCGCUUCCCUAAUCAAAUAUCAAGGAUAUAGAUUUGAAUAACUGACUGAUAAUUGUUUUUUCAUCUCAUUCUAGAAUGGGCAAUAAUUAUUUUUUGUUUCAUCUUAAUUUGAUUGUUAAAAUAUAUGAUUGAAUUGUUUUCACUGUACUGUGCUUGGGGAUAUGUUGGUUUUCUAUAAAUAAUAAUUAUAUAACUAUUCAUAUUGGCUGGUAUAUAGAAGUAAAACAGAGAAUAAGACAUACAAAUCAGUAAUAUUUAACAGGCUAAUAGAUGUUCACUAAAAGUGGAACAGUCACUAACCAGGAUUUUAAAUAUUAUUUUAGCUAUCUCCAAAAAUUAACAAAAGAAGGUUUUUUUGAGGCUUGAAACGUAACAUUUAAUAUAGGAAUCCACAAAUAUAUCCUGGGACUGGGUGCCUCCAUCUUGGCUCCCUGUAAAUCAUUGUUGUAAAUGUUGCUCUUUUCUGCCAUUGAACAUACUUAGUUGAAAAGAAGACACUGUAGCAACGUUUCUGUUCUCAUCCAUUGUUUGCAUAACAUGCCCUGGCUGUGCCUUGACAGAAGUGAAUUGGGCUGUCAUUGCUAAAUCUUUAUUAUACAUUUACAAAGAAAAUUGGACAUCACAUGAAAAAAAAAUAAUUAGCACAAGUUGUAUGUGAUUUUCAAUACUUUAUUCAGUGGUGCAAUUUCACUGUAGCAAAACAAACACAUAUAAUGGAUAAUGUAUUCUAGACGAUUGUUAACAAAGAGUUAAUUAGGAAGGUAACUGAGACAGAUUAUUUGAGACAGACAGACAGACAAAGAUAGAUGCCUGUACAUUUCGACAGACAUUUAUACAGGACACAAUUGUGAAAUGCACAGAGGGUAGGGUUAUGAGCUAGAUAUAUCAUGGUUAGAGUUAUAAAGGAGCUAGAUAUAUCAUGGUUAGACACUUGAUAAGUAAGAGUUAAGCAUGUUUUUCUGAGAGACAAUCAGGGACAUACACAACAAUGUAAAGACUUUAAGAUAAUAUAAUGUGUAUUGUUCGGUAAUAGGAGUGAAAGUACUGCUGUGGAAAGCUAAUCUGUGCGUUGAUAACACAUUGUUAACACUGACAAGUUUGGCAUAAUGCUUUUGUUAGUGUUUAACUAGUUGGCCUCUAUCUGUCCAUCAGUCUUUCUGUAAUGGGAUCUUUACCUUUGUUUGAGUGUCUGUAAUAACAAACAUUCCGAAAGGCUUGCUGAUUAGAAUCUUACCCAGAAAAUAAGGACUCCGAGAAAUGGAAAGUCUCCCCUCCAGCUCUAAAGGGGUUAACUGGACUAUGGCUAGUGAGACUCAUGAAUGGUUAGCCAAUAUAAAAACAGCAGGAGUGAGCGCAUAAAGGGUUAACCCAUAUGGAUAUUGUGAAUCAAAGACUGGAGCUUGGGACGCUACGGGUUAAUCUCUGUUGACACCUGAAGGGCUAAGCUUAAGGAACACUUUAUAGUGACACUAAACUAUUUGCAUGUUUUAUGUUACAUAUACUUCCCUUCACCUCAUGGUUUUCUGACUGGAAAAACCAGGCCAGCAUGGCUGACUGCUAGUGUACAUUUUCACGACAGCCCUUCGGACAUAUUUCCCAGAGUUUUACUGGGAAGCCAUGACUAGCAUUGCCGGCAGUGUAGGUAGCUCUGGUAGUAGGAUAUCUGAGGAUACAUUUCAGAUUGUCAAAUUACAUUUCAUUAUGGUGAGCUCCCCUUUCUUAGCUUAACCAACAAGUAUAUUCAGAGGAACUGGCUCCCAGCCCCUCUAGCCAUUUGCUCAGCAUUGCCCAGACAUUUUGGCACCAGGAGUGUGUACGUGCUCAGCACUCUAAUUCCCAAUUACCAGUAUCUGGAGUGUUUGGAGUUUGUGACAGCUAUUUAUUAAUCUAUCCAUUGCUAUCUAAUGGUUGUAAGGCUCCACUAUUAGCAGAGUACUGCUGGGGUACCAGGCUGUUGCAGUUGCUUCUGGAGGUCCUUGGUGUAACGGAGAAGAGACAGAUACAUUCUAUCUGUCUGUCUGUCUAUCUCACAGAGACAAUCCCUGACAUCAUUUGUUGACAUUCUGUUUAAUCCUUUAUUAUUGAUAUUGGCUCUGACCAUUCUUAUCCUUGUGCCUGCCUCAAAAUGGCUGCUUCUCGACCAGCUCCUAGUCUACAUUACUUUGGUCAAGUCUGUAGUGCUUUACACAGUGUUUAAUACAAUGUACGAAUGAGAGGUUAUUAUUAUUAUUAUGUUAUUUAUAUAGCGCCAUCAAAUUCCGCAGCGCUUUACAAUGGGUGGACGAACAUACAUGUUGUUGUAACCAGACACGUUGGACACACAGGAACAGAGGGGUUGAGGGCCCUGCUAGAGGGAGUGGGGUAAAAUGACACAAAAAGGUAAGGAUAGCAUUAGACUAGUGACAGUUGCAGAAGGGGAAUCAGUCGGGAGCUAUUAACAGUUCAAUUGAUACACUUUUAUGAAGAAGUGGGUUUUUAACAAUUUUUUGAAGGAGUGGAGACUGGGUGAGCAUCUAACGGAGGAGGGAAGCGAGUUCCACAGGAACGGUGCAGCCCUCGAGAAAUCUUGAAGGCGAGCAGAAGAGGUCGGAGUACGGACAGAAGACGUAAGUCUUCAGCAGAUCGUAAGGGCCUAGACCAGGGCCGGAUUAACAUAGGGGCUGAUGGAGCUGCAGCUCCAGGCCCAGGCCCAGGCCCAUGGAAUAGGCCCAUUGAUUUUUUUUUUAAAAAGGGGUUUUUUUUGUAAUUUAUUUUUUUUUUUUGUAAUUUUUUUUUACACACUACUCUUAGGGUUGUCAGGUAUUUCUCAUGUAUUUCUUAUGGUUGCCAGAUAUUUCUCAGAAGUAUUUCUCAGGUAUUUGAGCCUGUCUAGCCGGUGCCGGUAUUGCAGGAAUACCGGCAAUAGAAAUGUCUAUCUCAGUAUAAACAGAGAUUAUUCUGCAAUACCAGUGCCAGCCAGUAGGUGUUGCUGUUUGUGUGGAGAGAGGCAGGGAUAAGAAGUUACAGCAUCUCCCUCCCUACCUCUCUCUACGCACUGAUCUGCGGGGGAGCAGCUCUGCACAGAGAGUCCAGACAGCAGCUCCGAGCCUGCGAGACAUGGGGAUGGUGAGAGAUUUGGGACACCGGGAGACAUAGAGACACUGGGGAACAUGGGGAUACUAAAACACUAGGGACACAGUGGCCCCAUGUCUCCCAGUGGCCCCUAGCCUCUCAGUGUCCCCAUGUCUCCCAGCUAGUGUCUCUAGUGUCUUAGUGUCCCCAUGUCUCCCAGUGCCCCUGAUGCCUCUCCGUCUCCCCAUGUGUCCCUGGUGUCUCUCAGUGUCCCUAGUGUCUGUGUCCCUAAUCUCUCAGUGUCCCCUAGUCUCUCAGUGUCCCAAUGUCUCUAAGUGUCCCCCUAGUGACAUCGGGACACUGGGAGACAUGGGGACACAGACUCUAAGGGACACUGGGAGACAUGGGGAUAGAAACACUAGGGGACACUGGGCAACAUGAGGACACUGAGACACUAGGGGACACCGAGAGACAUAGGGACACUGGGAGACUUUGAGACCUGGGAGACAUGGGGCACUCCCAGUAUCCCCAUGUCUCCCAGCCAGUGUCCCUAGUAUCUCAGUAUCCCCAUGUCUCCCAGUAUCCCUGUUGUCUCUCAGUGUCUGUAGUGUUCCAGUGUCCGUAGUGUUUUUAGUGUUUCCUAGUCUCCCAAAGUCCCCUAGUCUCCCAGUGUCUGAGUGUCCCAAUGUCUCCCAGUGUCCCCAUGUCUCCUAGUGUCUCAGUGUCCCCUAGUAUAAAAGAAAAAAUCUCAGGCACUCACUCUGAUAGAUUUAAGCAGGUGUAUAGGACACCGCAACGUGUUGACCUGUACCCAGAUCUUUAUCAAGUCUCUAGUGUCCCCUAUGUAUCACAGUGCCUCAGUGCCCCAUGUCUCCCAGUGUCCCCUUGUGUCUCAAAGUCACCCAAUGUCCCCAUGUCUCCCAGUUUUCCCAAGAGUCUCAGUUUCCCCAGGUCUCCCAGUGUUUCCUAGUAUUUCAGUGUCCCUAUAUCUCCCAGUGUCCCAAUUUCCCCUAGUGACAUGGGGACACAAACACUAAGGGAAUGGGAGACAUGGGGACACAGACAGGCCCCUUUUUGUGUAUGUUCUGGUUAUGUGAUUUGUGCCAGUUGCCCACCCUUUUACCCCACCCACAGACUUCCUGCUUUACUGGACACUGCUGUUAGGGGUAUGGGUUUACUUGAAAGAUGAAAGUGUGAGAUUUCUCAUAGAUGCAUCCUAUGACUUUCCCUCCAGCACCAUCUCCAUCAGAUACAUGACGCUCAGGGGGUGGGACUGUUUUAGUGUUUUUGGUCAAUAAGAUUUUGUAAUUAGGCCCAUCAUAAUUGUCAGCACCAGGCCCACUGGGCUUUUAAUCUGGCCCUGGCCUAGACGGGACAUACAUGUGUAUAAGGGAGGAUUGUUAGGUGGGAGCAGCAUUAUGUAGAGAUUUGAAAGCAAGAACCAGAAUUUUAAAUUGACCUCUAUAUCUUAUAGGAAGCCAAUACAGGGACUGACAGAAGGGUGAGGCGUGGAAGGUGCGGGUGGACAGGAAGAUGAGCCUCGCCCCGCAUUCAUUAUGGACUGUAACGGCGCAAGUUGGGAGCACGUAAGACCACUGAGAAGCGGAUUACAGUAGUUAAGGCGAGAAAGGACAGUGGAAUGGACCAGCACCUUAGUCGCAUCAGGCGUUAAGUAGGGGCGGAUGCGCGCAAUGUUUUUGAGAUAGAAAUGGCAGGAUUUGGCGAUAGACUGAACAUGAGGCUUGAAGGAAAGGUCAGAGUCAAAGCGAACACCUAGGCAGCGAGCCUGCAUGGUGGAGCUGAUGUUAGCACCAUUGACAUGGAGGGAGACAGACACAGGAGUAACAAAACUUGAAGGAGGGAAGACCAGAAUUUCAGUUUUGGUCAAGUUUAGUUUAAGGAAGUGGGCAGCCAUCCAGUUAGAAAUAACAGAGACAGUCAGAGACACUAGUCAAGAGGGACGGGGAGAGAUCAGGAGAGGACAGGUAGAUUUGCGUGUCAUCUGCAUAGAAAUGAUAUUGGAAGCCAAAGGAGCUAAUGAGUUUACCAAGGGAGGCAGUAUAGAUUGAGAACAGUAGGGGACCAAGGACUGAACCUUGGAGGACACCAACAGAGAGGAGUUGGGGAGAAGAAGCAGAGCCAGAGAAAGAAACACUGAAAGAGCACUGGGAGAGGUAAGAGGAGCACCAGGAGAGAGCAAUAUCUUGUAGACUGAUAUUGCGGAGGAUGAGAAGAAGCUGUUGAUGAUCAACAGUGUCAAAAGCCGCAGACAGGUUAUCUAUUUAUCAGGUAAUUUCCAACUUGUUCCUUAGUCCAUAUUCUUCUCAGCAUAAAAUGUUUGGCCCGACUGCAAAAACAGAUGACCAAAUAUUGGGCUUGUUCCAAUGUUAGUCAGUGAAAGCUUAUUGUAAAUACCAGCAGCCAUUUGUUCACAGUCAUCAAUUAAACUUUAAUGCUGUCGGCAUAAAUAGUUUUCUACUGAGGACUGAUUGACAGAUGGGGAGGAAUCAAAUGUUCAAACAGAUUUUAGGACUACCCUAUACAUUAGCUAGUACAAAUUAGAGACCAAGUUUUUUUUUAUAGUUGUAUGUAUCGUGACAUGUACAUUCAAUGUCUGCAUGCUGCUCAUAUCCAUUCCAUCCGAUAUUGACCACCUCUUAUCACUAAACCUUUGGGAAAUGGGACAUAUGUCAAGAAUAAGGAGUAUUUGUCAAUUCAUAGCCAUAACAGCUCCAUCAGGAAACACAAAAAGGUUCACUAAGAGUGAUCACAUAUACGGGACACACCAAAUUCCAUAGGUAUUUAUUGCAAACUACAUGCAAUGGGCUUGGAGAUAGAGGAUAUUUUUCUAAUAUAGAACGUAUUUAUAGUUUGCAGUCCUCCAAAUAACACAGUAGGGAAAAAUGGUUGCUUUUCCAAGUAGUCAGAAAUAUGUGCGGAAUAACGAAGAAACAAGCCGAGGUCAAUGAAGUGAAGAGGACAGGAUAAUCGAUAUACAAGAGGUAGUCAAAGUUCCGACAGGAAGAACGCGCUAUUGGGCUACCAAGAAACCACAACAGAGCAACAUGGAAUGGGAGAGGUAAGUAUAUAUAGGCUAUAGUUAGCAGUGAUUGGAUUAAUGCCUUUUUGAAUUAACCUCUAUUCAUGGAGGGUACAGGACCCUCCUAAACUGAGCCCUGACGUCAUUGAUAUGCUCCGAAUCCCGUGGGUCAUUCAGCCGCUUAUUUAAGCAUGCUGCACGCAAAUGCUGGAGGGGAUCGCGGCUCUCAGAGCUGAGCCUUCGGGUAAGCAGGCGAAAAGCCUGACAGUUACACACCAAUCAAUAACAGGCUGGGAUAUGUGCUGGAUACAGAGAUACAAUGGUUUGUGUGUGGACCCUACUCAGGGCUGUCACCCAUUUUACUCUCCAGUCAUCUGAUAUGGCAUCCUGUUUAAACUUCACAUCCACUAAACCCAUACCCUGGGUGUACUGGUGUGUCCUCUAGUAGUACCUUACGGCCUGUAAUUCACUGGUUCCUAUUGUCUUCACAUCAUCAGGCUUUGUGGGGGAGAUUUAUCACAGUGUUCUGUUCUAAAACUUCUGUCCCAUCUGAAGUCUGUCACUUUGCCCAGUGUUUUAAACUUAUUCAGUGAAAUUGAACUAUGGCAUAAAAAAUCAAGGGUCAAUAAACUGCACAGCGGUCAUCCUGCACCGCAGACAGAGCCCUUCUCCCUCACAAACACACUACUCCAAGGAUAUCUUCAAACAACCAUCAUCAAUGUAUCUUUAUUCCACAUUCUGGAAUAUUCUGUCAAAGUUUAGAAGGAUUUACUGAUGGUAUGAUACUUGGAAUGUAAGUAUGAAGCUGGGUUUUCAGGUCAGGUUCCUGUUGGCACAGCAUUCUAAGCAACCCCCAUUCCCACCUCCCAAAAAAAGAAAAUGCAGAUAAAGUAAGUUUAAUAAAUUUAUUAACUGGACAUCACAGGCAUAAUAAUUUCUAAAACACAUAUAUUUAUAUAUGAUAACUGCACAUAACUGCCUCUGAAUAUAUGGGACACUCCAAACACCAUAACCACUACAGGAAUACAAUCAGACCUCCCCCUGUAAGUAGGCGGACUGUUUUAGAACAGUUUUACUUCUUACCUGGGAUCAAAUGACACACUCCCUUCCUCUACUACUGCUACAACUAAACCUCCAAGGACAGUAGACAACUGAUACAGCAAGAUAUGUGUCAAAUCACUUUUAAACAGUGUCAUAUAAAAGAUCUCACCUUUUUGCAGCCUAAUUGAAGUGUUAUUAAAAACCUAUGCAAAUCAAAUAUAUAUUGCGAUUUUGGAUGGGGCUGCAGCUAUUUUUGUUAAGAUUUGUUUAUACUUUUAGCCUUUUGAAUAUUAUAGCCAUGACUGCCACAAACAGUGAUGGGAAUUUGAACACAGGACUAAUUUAAUAUUUCGAUUUGCUUUUGCAUUAAACAGCUUUGUUGCAGUGCUGCUAUCUACUCCACAUACAAUGACAAAACGGGAAAACGCAAGGCAGUGCUAAUUUUGUCGACUAACAAUUUUAGUCAGAUUUUAGUCAAUUUAGAUGACUAAACUAUGACUAAAACUAAAAUGGCUUUUUAGUCAAAAGACUGUGACUAAAACUAAACUGAAAUUUGCUGAUAAAAUUAACACUGUUUGGGGAGAGAUGUAGAGGGACUGGGUGACACAAAGAGAUACAGAGGGGCUGUGGAAGAUGCAAUAGAGACAGACCAGGGCUUGGGAGAGAGACAUCCGAGGGGCUGGGGACAUCCUGUAUUAGAAGCCAAUAGGUUUACAUUCCUUUAUGAUUCUGACCGUUUUUAAUAUUUCUUCCCAUUUAUCAUACACCCAUCAAUCCAUCCAGCUGUAUAACCUUGAAUGAUACAGCACUCACUCAUAGAGUGAGUAGGUGUCUGCAUGCAUGUUCAAGAGUGGCUGUGUGGACAGUUAUAUAAUCACCUGGAAUUUGAUAAAGCAUUCAAAACGUAGCAAAGGACCCUCUAAGAAACAAAGCAAUGAACUGCUAAGAAACCAGUAAUAACAAUUUGUAAGCCACUAAGUGAUCUACCAGUAAUCACAUCAAACUGCUGUUGCACACUGUGUAUUAGAUCUUUGGAAAUAUUCCUCAGAAAAUUAAUUAGCACAGGAGGUGAUUAAAUCUGAUGUGUAAUUGUGAUGCUGGUGAUAGGAUGUGUCUUUCAUUGCUUUAUCCACAGAUCCAGUUGUGAAGUCCAUGGAACCUAAAGAUGAUACUGAACAGUCAUUGGCAUUUACUGUCAACAAGACCAAAGGUGGGUCAAAUAAGCACUUCAGCCAGAAUUCAUAUAACCUACCCUUUAGUACACACAGUCAUUAACCAAUAUUUACUGGCAUCAAGGGUAGGUACAUGCUCAGUUGGUUCCUACUGUGUCACUGUAGUCUUCCAUCAAGUCCCCUCACGGUUUUAACUGUUUGUCCCAUUUAUGACACGUUGGACAAUAUAAAUAUUCUGCCUGUUGUUUAAUACAAGAGUUGUCUUUUCCAUGCACAAAGCCUUAUCUAAUGUCUGGCUAUGAGAUUGGGCAAGCUACUAAUCCAUCCAGUGGCUAGUUGAUGGUUGGACGACAUCACAGAAGAAGCUCAGGAUGCUAGGUGGGUAGCACUGAGCUACAAGGUUGCUGUUGUAGCUCCUGGAGGUUCCUGGUGGCAUGGAGAAGGGACAAAUGCAGUAAUAAGUACAAGUCUGAAUCCAAGGCAGAAUGACCACUUGGACAAAUCUGCCCUAGCCUGCCACUACUGUUUAGACAUAGCCUGACCGGGAGGAUUGGUAGAUCUCUCUAACGUUCCCAGUACCAUCUUAUUAUAUCAGAAUUUACAUGUGCGAAAAGUCAUCUGCUUUGAAGAGAGGCAAUAGGAUCAUGCAGAGAGCACUGUGGAGGCAUAGUCUUCUAUAUAGGAUUCUGGCCGAGAGGCUGUCUAUGAGCCUGGCUUGCCAGGUUAACUUGCCUGCUUCAGUGGUAGGACCCACCUACUUUAGGUUCAUGUCCUCUCAUCAUUGGUGAUGCCUACUAGGGAGAGCCACUCAUGUCCCAAUUCUGCAAAUUGGCAAAGUGAGGGUAGGACAAGUGUGUGUGUGAGAGGUGGGGUAUAAGAUAUUUAGGAAGGGAAAAUGGUCAUGGACUACUUUCUGCACCAUAACAUUUACAAUUAUAGAAGCCUGUUUUGCUUUGAUUUACCAUUUAACUUAUCUAACUAAGGUUACCAUAUCCACCAUGUUUUCAGGGACACAUAUAAUUUAAUCAUAUUUAUGAAAACACAUGAAAAGUGUUGCCCUGCAGUAUGUAUAAUGCAUAUUCUGCAGGAUUCUUCAUUGCCUAAUAGCUUAAUCUAAUACACCUUUUUCUGAAUAUUGCAUACUUCAGGGCAACCCUUUUCACGUAUACGUGAUAUGAGUCCCUGAAAACAUGGUGGAUCUGGACACCAGAUCAAAAGAACCCACUGUUUUUUUUGGAAAUUACUUCUAAUAGAUAUUGUAACACUAAUGGAGUUUCCUUGCAUUCAGCCAAAAUAGCAGUGUUGUUGGUCGACUCAAUGUUUCAAUUCAUCACAAAGGUUUAAUAUAAUAAAUAUGAGGUCAGGGCUCUGUGCCGGCCAGUCAAGUUCUACGACACCAGUUACAAAAUCCAAUCUACGUGGACUUUGAUUUGUUUGAGAUAUUGUCUUGCUGAAAUAGGAAAGGGCAUUGCCAAACUGUUUGCUCCAUACUUGGUAGUAUACUGAUGAAUUUAUGAGAUUCAGAAGCUUUGUUUGCCUUCUGCUUUAUGCCUGUUGUUGUUUCUAUAAGGUUCCACAAUGAUAGGACUUGCACGUGACCAGGAUAGCUCCAGCUGGACCAGGAUAGCUGGACCAGGAUAGCAGGAUAGAUCCAGCUGGACCAGGAUAGCUCCAGAAGUCCUGCAAGCAUGAGUUGGCCGUACAGGUGCGAGUAGCAGACAGGAAAAGGUCAUGGGCAGAGCGGAGAGACCGAGAAGGGGCAUACCUAAAGACUUGUGAAGAGAUAUAAGAUGGGCUAGAAUUGUUCAAUUUAUCAUAGGUAUGGGUUAGAACGUUGGUCAUUGAGUUCUGAGUUUCAGACAGUGCCACUGGCUAGAGUUGUCUUAAGUAGCUGAAUUAACCAACGGCUUCACUAGGGUUGGUGUCACCUCCCCCACACCCCCAUGGACUUCCUUGCGUACCAGACCAUAAAGCAGCUACGCAAACAUCAUUAGCUUAUAGGGUUUGCAGAUUAAACCAUAUGAUUUUGAAGCAUCAUUGUAAUUGGGUAAUGGUGGCAGAUCUGAGCAGAGUGCGUGAAAAAGAAAAGCCAAAAAUGUAGGAGAUUUUUUAUUUUUUUUAAGUUAUAUGCUUUUAUUGUAGACUUGAUCUUACUGAGGAUUCACAACUGGCAAUACACUGACUGUUUUCAUUACUGUAAUAUGCACUCGGAGUUCAUGAAAUGGCAAACCAUGAAAUCUUAAAACUGCCAGAACUUUCUUUGUUUAUCUUUGUCUCUUGUAGCAAUAGUUGUGUCUACAUCUUUGCCCUCUUCCCCUGUUUUAGGAGAUUUUAAACAUAACUUUUAAUCCAUCUGUUAAAAAAUCCAAAAUAAUAUGUGAGUACACCUUGUCAUCAGCUGAGCUAAUAAAACAAAAAAUAGCCCACAGUCAUUGACAAAAUAUAUGUCAAUGGACUAUUAAAUGUCAAUAGACUAUUAAAUGUCAGUGGACUAUUAAAGAGGUAAGUAUCUCUAAAACAAGGGCAUAUCUAGGGCUUAUAAGCAAAAAAACUUAUUCAAUCUAAUAACAUAUAUUACUAAAGUACUAAUCCAAAACUCCAGCAAAAAUAAAUGAAGUGGGAUAUUUUGAGAAAUGUCGGAAAACGGAGUAGCUAUUAUUUAGAAAAAUAUUGGAGAAAAAGUUACUGUUUCAAAGAACAACCUACAUGUUACAGCAGACUGAUAAAAGAACACACUAAUUUGUUAGUGUAUAUAUUUAGUUUAGGUAAACUUAUCAUUUUUCUGCAGUUUGGUGCCCAGAGAGGGACAGAUUUAGGGCUUUAUCUAGAACGUUUUAUUAGGAUUAUUAUUAUUGUCAUUGACAUAUAUAUAGUGCCAACAGAUUCCGUAGCGCUUUACAAUAUUUUAAGAGGGGGGGGAUGUAACAAUAAAUAGGACAAUUACAAGAAAACUUACAGGAACGAUAGGUUGAAGAGGACCCUGCUCAAACGAGCUUACAGUCUAUAGGAGGUGGGGUGUAAAACACCGUAGGACAGAAAAUAGCAAUCAAAUACGGUGGGAGUGAAGCAGAGUUGGAGUAGAGAGUAGAGUGCUGCCCUUUACUAGACAGCAAGAGACAGGUAAGUAAGGUAGAGGUUACAAUGGGAGACCAUCAGCUUUCCUAAAGAAAUGGAUUUUAAGGCACUUGUUAAAUGAUUGAAGACUAGGGGAGAGUCUGAUGGCGGUAGGCAGGCUGUUCCGUAGGAAGGGAGCCUCCCGCGAGAAGUCCUGUAAGCAUGAAUUGGCUGUACGGGUGCGAGCAGCAGACAGGAGAAGGUCACGGGCAGAGCAGAGAGACCGAGAAGGGGAAUACCUAUAGAUUUGUGAUAAGAGAGGCUGGAAUGGUCUAAUGUAUUAUAGGUAUCGGUUAGCACUUUGAAUUGACUCCUAUAGGAUACAUGAAGCCAAUGUAAGGACUGACAGAGGGGUGAGGUGUGAGAGGACCGACUAGAGAGGAAAAUCAGACUGUAGCGGGGCAAUAUGGCUUUUGGGAUGACCUAUUAGGAGAGGGUUGCAAUAAUCCAUGCAGUAAAUUACUAGAGCAUGGACAAGCUCCUUAGUAGCAUCUUGCGUAAGAAAGGGGCAGAUGUUUUUAAGAUGGAAUCUACAGGAUUUGCUAAUAUACAGGAUAUGAGGCUCAAAGGUGAGGCCAGAAUCAAGUAUGACGCCAAGAGAGCACACUUGCAUGGAUGGACUGAUGUGGAUACCACUAACUUGAAGGGAGAGCGAAAGAGGAGGAUUAGUAUUAGGAGAAGGAAAAACAAGGAGCUCAGUUUUAUAGAGAUUGAGUUUCAGAAAGCAGGAGGACAUCCAGUCAGAGAUGGAAGAAAGGCAAGCAAUGACACGUUGCAGGCGGCAUGGGAGAGGUCCGGAGAGGAGAGGUAUAUCUGGGUGUCAUUAGCAUACAGGUAGUAGUCAGGGCCAGAUUAAGAGCCCAGUGGACCUGGUGCUGACAAUUAUUAUGGGCCUAAUUACAAAAUCUUAUUGACCAAAAACACUAAAACAGUCCUACCUCCUAAGCGUAAUGUAUCUGAUGGAGAUGGUGCUGGUGGAAAACUCAUAGGAUGCAGCUAUGAGAAAACACAUACCCUAUGCUAAUCUCCUGCUUUCAUCUUUCAAGUAAACCCAUACCCCCUAACAUCAGUGUCCAGUAAAGCAGGAAGUUUAUGGAUGGGGUUAAAGGGUGGGCCACUGACACAAAUCACAUAACCAGAACUGCCAAAAGGGGCGAACAUACACAAAAAGGGAGAAUGUCUGUGUCCCCACGUCUCCCAAUCCCAUAGUGUCUGUGUCCCCAUGUCUCCCAGUGUUCCCAUGUCACUAGGGGACAUUGAGAGACAUUAGGACACUGAGAGACAUGGGACACUGAGAUACUAGGGAACACUGGAAAACCUGGGGACACUGGGAGACAUGGGGACACUGGGUGACUGUGAGACAUGAGGGGGCACUGGGAGAUAUGGGGCACUGUGAUACAUAGGGGACACUGUGAUAUAUGAGGGACACUGGAGACUCGAUAAAGACCUGGGUACAGGUCAAAACAUUGCGGUGUCCAAUAAACCUGCUUAAAUCUAUCACAGUGAGUGCCUGAGGUUUUUAUCUUUUAUACUAGGGGACACUGAGACACUUAGGGGCACUGUGAAACAUGGGGACACUGGGAGACUAGAGGAUUCUGAGAGACAUGGGGACACUGAGACACUAAGGACACUGAGACACUACGGGCACAGAGACACCAGGGACACUGGGAGGCAUGGGGCACUGAGACACUCUGAUACAAAAGGGGCACUGUGAUACACAGGGGACACUGGAGACUUGAUCAAGACCUAGGUACAGGUUGAAAUAUUGCGGUGUCCAAUAAACCUGCUUAAAUCUAUCACAGUAAGUGCCUAAAAUUUUAUACUAGGGGACACUGAGACACUAGGAGACAUGGGGACACUGGGAGACAUUGGGACACAGAGACACUGGGAGACUAGGGGACUUUGGGAGAUAGGGAAACACUCAGACACUAGGGACACUGAGAGACACCAGGGACACUGGGGAGACAUGGGGAUACUGAGAUACAAGGGACACUGGCUGGGAGACAUGGGGACACUGGGAGUACCCCAUGUCUCCCAGGUCUCAAAGUCGCCCAGUGUCCUCAUGUGUCCCCCAGUGUCUCCAUGUCUCUCAGAGUCCCAAUGUCGCCCAGUGUCCCAAUGUCUCAGCAUCCCCAAGUCUCUCACCGUCCCCACGUCUCGCAGGCUCAGAGCUGCUGUCUGGACUUUCUGUGCAGAGCUGCUCCCUGUGGAUCAGUGAGUAGUGAGAGGCAGGGAGGGAGAUGCUGUAACUUCUUAUAUCUGCCUCUCUUCACACAAACAGCGACCCCUACUGGACAGCACUGGUAUUGCAGAAUAAUCUCUGUUUAUACGGAGACAGACAUUUGUAUUGCCGGUAUUAAUGCAAUACCGGCACCGACUAGGCAGCCUCAAAUACCUGAGAAAUACUUCUGAGAAAUAUCUGACAACCCUAAGAAAUACCUGAGAAAUACCUGGCAACCCUAAGAGUAGUGUGUAAAAAAUAAAUAAAAAAAAAAUAAAAAAUUCAAUGGGCCUAUUCCAUGGGCCUGGGCCUGGAGCUGCAGCUCCAUCAGCCCCUAUUUUAAUCCAGUCCUGAUAGUAGUGGAAUCCAAAUGAGGUAAUGAGUUUGCUAAGAGAGGCAGUAUAAAGAGAAAAUAGAAGGGGACCAAAGAUAGAGCCUUGGGGGACUCCAACUGAGACAAGACCAGGGGAGGAGGUAUCAUUAGAAAAGGAGACACUGAAUGAGAGAUAAUGGAGAGAUAAGAGGAAAACCAUGAGAGAACAGAGUCACAGAGACAGAGUGAUUGAAGAGUUUGAUGUAGGAGAGCAUGAUUAACGGUGUCAAAAUCAGCAGAGAGGUCAAGAAGAAUUAGUAUGGAGUAGUGGUCUUUGUAUUUAGCUACAAUUAGGUUGUUAGUAACUUUGAUAAGAGCAGUCUCAGUAGAGUGGAGAGGGCAUAAGCCAGAUUGAAGAGGGUCAAGAGAGAGUUGGAAUUGAGGAAGUGAGACAUACGGAUAAAGACAAGUCUUUCCAGAAGCUUUGAGGAAAAAGGGAGCAGGGAUAUGGGAUGAUAGUUAGAGGGGGAGUACAGGUCGAGAGAUGUUUUUUUCAGAAUAGGUACUACAGUGGCAUGUUUAAGGUCAGCAGGGACAAUGCCAGAAGAGAAAGAGCAGUUGAAGAUGGAGGAAAGGAGAAGCGCAGCCACCUCUUGUUCAGUAGCCGGGGAGAAAGUCUGAAGGGUAGGAAAGGCAUGGUCUACGUGUGGUUGAGAAAGAGAAUGGCAAGGUGGGGAUAAUUCUUUCCUUAGCUGUUCAAUAUUGUCGAUAAAGUAGCAUGCUAAGCUAUCUGCUGUAAGGUUAGUUUGGAGGGUGGCCACAGCAGGGCAAAGAAGAGAAUUAAAGGUGUCAAAGAGAUGCCUGGGAUUGCGGGAGAAUGAACUGAAGAGAGAGGAAAGGUAUGACUGUUUGGUGAGGGCAAGGGCUGCGCUGUAUGAACAAAAUAUGAAUCUAUAACGGAGAAAGUCUGCCUGGCAUAGGCGUGCGCAGCCUAUUGCAUUAGGGUGUGCACCCUAAAGCACAAACACACGCCGCGCGUGCGUGUGUGUGUAUAUAUAUAUAUAUAUAUAUAUAUAUAUAUACACACACACACACACACACACACACACACACACACACACACACACACACACACACACACACACACACACACACACACACACACACUCACACACACACACACAUACUCACACACUCACAGACACACACACAGACACACACACACACACUCACAGACACACACUGACACACACACACACACACUCACACACACAUACUCACACACUCACAGACACACACACAGAGACACACACACAGACACACUCACAGACACACACACACUCACAGACACACAUACUCACACACUCACAGACACACACACACUCACAGACACACAUACACACACUACUCACACACAGACACACACACUCACAGACACACACACACACACAGACACACAUACACACAUACUCACACACUCACAGACACACACACACACUCACAGACACACACACUGACACAUACUCACACACUCACAGAAACACACAUUGACACACACACACACACACACAAAUUAUUAUAUUUCAAUUUUUAAAAAAAAAUGUCCACCCAGCCUCCUACCUGGAGUGCUGGUGGACUUUUUCCUGGGGUCCAGUGGGGGCGGGCGCCUUUAUGCAGCUCAGCGGGCGGCGAGGGAGCUCUCUGCUGUCGGCUCUCUGCUCCCUCUCGCCGCGCGGGCUGUCUGCUGCAGCUGGGAGCCGGAAUAUGACGUCAUAUUCCGGCUCCCGGCAUCAGCGCGCGGCGAGAGGGAGCAGAGAGCCGACAGCAGAGAGCUCCCUCGCCGCCCGCUGAGCUGGGGGGGGGUAAUCCAUCACCUCUUGCCCUCCCCAUGACAGGGGCAAGAGGUGAGACAGGGGGGCGCUGAGUGCCUGCAGGAACAGCGUUCCUGUUCAAAAAAAGUGCAGGAACGCUGUUCCUGCAGGACUCAAACCAUAGGCGUGCCACGGGGAUUAGGGUGUGCCCAGGCACACCCGGCACACCCCGUGCGCACGCCUAUGCUGCCUGGGUGCAAGACUUCCUCCAGGAGAGUUCAGCACAACGGGAGCAUCUUUGCAGGUAACGUGUUGAUUUAGUAUGCCACGGUUGGGGGGGUGUCCUCUUCGAGGUGCAUGUUUGGAGCAGGGCUGCAGUGUUCAAGGCAGAGGUUAGGGUAGUGUUAUAUGUGGAGAUGGCCAGUGAGGGACAGGAGAGGGAAGGCAUGGAUAGCAGUUGUGAAUCAAUAUCAGUUGACAGCUGCUGGAGGUCAAUAGAAUUAAGGUUCCUCCUGAGUUGAGGAGGGGUUAGGCUGAGGUUGUUGAGUGAGGGGGUACUCGUGAACAAAUGAUAAGAGGUGGUGAUCAGAGAGAGGAAAUGGAGUGUUGCAGAUAUUAGACACUGUACAUGAAUAAGAGAAAAUGAGGUAGAGGGUAUUGCCAGCUACAUGGGUUGGAGAAUUAGCCCACUGUGAUAGCCCAGUGGGAGGAAGUAAUUGAAAGUAGUUUAGAGGCUGCUGAGGUCAAAGUUGGGUUAAAUUAAGUCCCCGAGAAUUAGGAAUGCAAUAUUAGAAGAGAGGAAGUAGGGUAGCCAGGCAGCAAAGUGGUCAAGGAAGAGGAGAGGGGAACCAGGGGGUGAUAAAUAACGGCAAUGUUAGCAGAGAAGGGUUUCAAAAGGCGAGUCAAAUUAAUUUCAAAUGAUGGGAAAGAGGGAAGGGGAAUGGGUAGCAGUUUGAAGGAGCAGUGAGGUUAGAGUAGAAACCCUACACCACCACCUUUACAUUCAGAGUGUCUUGGGUUGUGGGUAAGUUGAAGACCACCAAAGGAUAAAGAUGCAGGGGUAGCAGUGUGAGAGGGGGAGAGCCAUGUUUCUGUUAAGGCUAGUAGAUCUAGAGAAUGAGAGAUGAAGAGGUCGUGGACAGCAGUGUAUUUUAUUAUACUGCAAAUGGAACGUGCCCCAGAGGGCAGUAUUAAAGGAGGAUUUAGAGGCAGGGCCUGACUGGCCCACCUGGAUACUGGGAAAUUUCCUGGUGGGCUGCGGCACCUGCGGCCUGCAGAACUCUAACUCCCUAUAGAGAGGGAGCCCUGCGGCCGUAUGUCGUGCCGCUGGGUGGCUGGCGGGCCCAUGUCAUGUGCUGUAUGAGUAUGACUGCUGUCAGUGUCAGUGAGUGUGCUGGGUGGCUGCCUAACCGGUAGACAUGUGCAAUUCGUUUCGGUCCGAAUAUGAAUUCGGACGAAUUAUGGGCAAUUUGGACAUUGGGGUACUUCCGAAUGUCCGAAUAGCCGAAGUGCCAAAUUGCCGAAGUGCCGAAUUGCGGAGGUUCCGAAAUAACUAAAUUUCCGAAGUGCUGAAGUGCCGAAGUUGCCGAAGUUCUGAAGCACAGUAUUGCCUAAGUACUAAUAUACUUACCCAGUGGAAGAAUGAAGAAUGUUACACUGUAUACAAUUUUAAAUAAAAAGUAUACAAACGUAGCCAGGAUUCAGCUGUAAGCAUUCGCAACAAUCAAGUAACAUACAUUCAUAUAAAAUGUAAGUUACUUAGUCUGUCAAUGGAAUGACAGGAAUGAAUAAGUAGAUAACUCCCUAAUUCCCACGGUAUUAGGGAGCUAUCUACUAAAAGGCUGAAAGACCUAAAUUGGUCUUUCAGCCAAAUUUACUAAUACUAAGUAAAGAUUACUUAGUAUUAGCAAAUUAUGCCCCUACUCGCUAUACUGCCCCCGUGCCACGCGAAUGGGGCUUCUAACCUGAAGGGGGGACCUAUUGCCCUCCCUGAUCGGCAGGUGGGGGCCCUAAAGUAAAAUAAGGAGGGGACCUAUUGUCCUCCCCCUGGCCCCCACCCAUGAGCGGUGGGUGGGGGCCCUAAAUUAGAAUAAGGGGGGACCUAUUGUCCUCCCCCCAGCCCCCACCCCUGAGCGGCCGGUGGGGGCCCUAAAGUAAAAUAAUGGGGGGGGACCUAUUGUCCUCCCCCUUGCCCCCACCCCUGAGGGGCGGGUGGGGGCCCUAAAUAAAAAAUCAACCCUCCCGGCCCAGGUGACUAGGGGUCCCCAAACUCCUAGUCACCCCCCUCCCAAAAAAAUUAACCCCUACCUACCCCCCUCACCCUAAAAAUAGUGAGGGGGACCAUUAGCUAAACCUGUUAAGAAAUAAAAUAAAACUUACCAUUUGAUGUUUUCUUUCUUCUAAAAUCUUCUUUUUUCAGCCCCAAAAAAGGCCAAAUAAAAAUCCAUAAUAACCGACGAACUUUUUAAAAAAAAGGGGUUAAAUUAGAAUGAGGGGUGGGGGCUAUUCUAAUUUAGGGCCCCCACCCGCCGCUCAGGGCCGAACCAAACCGAAAAAAAUUUCCAUGCACAUGCCUACUAAACGGUCCGGCGGCAUACUCACUGAUACUAACAGCAGUAUAACUGUCAGCACAGGAGGACUGAGGAAGGGGGCAGAGCUCGUGGUUCCCACAAUUUCCAGCACAGCCACAUCAUAGAGAAGUGAUUAUUCUAUGAUGUGUCCAUGCUGGGAAUUAUGGGAACUGCAAGGGAGCAUGGUAGUUGGCUCUGCCCCCUCCCUCAGUCCUCCUGUCCAAGGUCAGCAUCAGACACAGGACAGGGAGGCGAUAGAGAGACACAGUGGAAGGGGGGACAAAGAAAGGGGUAAUAAAGAAACACAGGGUAAAGGGGUACAAAGAGACAGAGGGGUAAUAGAGAGACACCAGGGAAGGGAGGACAAAGAGACAGAGGGUUAAUAGAGAGACACAGGGAAAGGGGUAGAGAGAGACAGAGGGGUAAUAGAGAGACACAGGGGAUGGGGCAAAGAGACAGAGGGGUAAUAGAGAGACACAAGGAAAGGUGGGACAAAGAGACAGAGGAGUAAUAGAGAGACACAAGGGAAAGGGGGACAAAGAGACAGAGGGGUAAUAGAGAGACACAGGGGAAGGGGAACAAAGAGAGGGGUAAUAGAGAAACAGAGGGGAAGGGGGGACAAAGAGACAGAGGGGUAAUAGAGAGACAUGGGGGAAGGGGGGACAAAGAGACCGAGGGGUAAUAGAGAAACACAGGGGAAGGGGAGACAAAGAGACAGAAGGGUAAUAGAGAGACGCCAGGGAAGGGGGGACAAAGAGACAGAGGGGUAAUAGAGAGACACAGGGGAAGGGGGAGACACACAGAAGGUUUGUUGGGGGGACAAAGAGACUUACAGAAGGGAAGGGGAACAAAGUGAUACACAAGGUUUGUGGGAGACAAAGCUGGGCUGGGGUAAAAAGAGACACAGAGUGGCUGGGAGAAGAGAGAGUCACACAGAGUCUGGAGUUAGAAAGAGACACACAGAUGGGAUUUGGAAGGGGAGAAAGGGGCUGGGGCUAAAACAUACACAAAAGGGGCUGGGGGGAAGAGACAUAUGGAGGCCAGAGAAGGGUAAAAAGAAACACACAGGGGCUGGGGUGAAAAGAUACACAAGGGGAGCUAAAAGAGAAUUACAAGGGUGGCUGCAAGAGACAAAAAGGAGAAAAUUGGAGACAAGAUACACUAAACGAGGUAAAAACAAAAAUCAAUGGAGGGAAUAAGGAACACCAAAAAAAGAAAUUCAUAAGGAAGUUAAUAGAAACACAAGUGAAGAUGCAUUUUUUGGUGUGUAGGGGGGUGGGGGGGGGAGAAUGCAUUUUCGCCUGUGUCUCCUGCUCUCCCUGUAACUCAGUUCUUCAGCACAGGAGUUUAUGCUGAAUAGCUAAUCGACAGGUGAGAGAAAGACCUCUUAUUAAACAGAUUUUCCUUCCAAUAAAUACAUUUUGCUAGUAACCUUGCUAACACAAUGUACAGAUAGACGUAAUUGAUGUGAUUCUGACAGUAAUAUAUAUACAUGUAUAUUAAUAUGUGUAUUAGUAACAUAUAUAAUUAUGCCUAUAAUAUUUACCCAUGUAUUAAUAUACAUUUAUAUAUGCAUUAUACACACAUAAAUGUCAUUGAUAUAUAACAUAUAUGUAAUGAGCACAUAUUGGCCCAGUUUUGUUGCAUACUCCAGCACAAUAACAUAUUCAAAGUGAAGAGCGCACCUAAAGGACUUCAAAAUAAACAAGAUCACUUUUUUUUCAGUUGUGCAACCCGCAGACAUUCAGCAUUUCAGUCCCAUUACCAGAAUGUCCUUAAUAUGUCGAGGUAGUUAGACUGAAACAUUGAUUACAUGCAAAUGUGCGUCUGCUUAAAAUAUGUUUAUUUUGAAGCCCUUUAUGCUUUCUUUCGAUGGAGUAAUAGUUUUUAAUUUUACGUUAUCUUUUCCACCUCUAUAUCAGCACACUAAGCUGGUGCGAUGCAUUAUUGGGCUGGUAUAGAAUUUUUAAAGUGCUGCUUUUAGUUCCCAUUCCUGCCCUGUUUAGAGGAAGAGUAACAUGAGAUGGGUGUGAGAUUGGGGUGGUUCCUUGAGUUAGUACGUGGUGGGUUUGAAGAGACAUCACCAGCUGCUAGCAGCAGACGGAUAGAAAGGAAGUGAAGGGAGUAGGAUUUGAAAGUUUUGUAGGAGGGUGUGUAUAUAGAGGAUUUGGGAGGAGUUGGUGGGGAUAGGCUGGAAAGGUAUAUGUAGAGUGCAUGGGAUAAAUAGAGAGAGGAGUAAAGUGGAGGCAAUGAAGAUGGAUUUGCCAGAGACAGGUGAGCAGAAGGAUAGGGAUAUUUUAGUAAUGAGAGAAGUUAGUGUGAAAGUGAAAAAUAGAAGUGAGAACAUUAUUUAGAGAAAAUGUGUUUUGUUAUAUAGAUAUGAAAAUUAUUCAUAUAUAUAGACACAUAUACCUAUGAGUGUUUAAACCAGGCUUCCCCACACUCUGGCCCUCCAUAUGUUGCUGAACUACAACUCCCAUGAUUCUCAGCCUAUCUAUUUCAUUCAUAGAAUCAUGAGAGUUAUAGUUCAGCAGCAUCUGGAGGGCCGGAGUGUGGGGAAGCCUGGUUUAAACCAUGGUUAAAGCAUGCAGUUUGUUAACAGAGGGAUUUCAGGUGAAGAGAGGUUUCGGGACUUGGUUGGUGUGUUUUGAAAACCAGCUGCUCUGCACUAUCUAUAAGUAUGGUAAUGACCGUGGGGUGGGGUGGGCAGCCUUCAAGAGAUGAUGCCUCUGCUUAGGUGUUUCUGCAGUGCUUGGAUGCUUUUGAGUGCUGGGAGUUGCUAAUCAAUGCUGUUAUUUGGGGCCCAGUCUCAAAUAUAAAGUCUGGUUUAUAUUUAAGUUAUAUCUGUUUGAUUUAAUUUUUAGCCCCUGGUUCUGACUAUACUGAUUACUUAUGUAUACUCUAGUAUUAAAAAAAAAAAAAAAAAAAAAAUUUAAAAAAUGUUGCCAUUGUAUAUCAAUUAGGCUAUCUAUUUUGCAUUUCAUACUGGAAUUCGAAUAGUUGAUAUACACCCAGUCUUUUUCUAAUCCAUUUAUUCCAAUGGCCCACUCAGCUGACACUUAGUGUGGUGUUUUCUUAGCCUGCAGUGACAUGUAGAUUAUUACUUUAUGUUUAUAGGUCUAUUUGUUCUUUAAAUAAAAGCAGUAACUUUUUAUUCAAUAUUUUUCUAAAUAAUAGCUACUCCGUUUUCUGCUAUAUCUCCUAAUAUCCCUCCUAUUUUAUUUUUGGUGGAGUUUUGGAUUAGUACUUUAUAUGUUAUCUGAUUUUAUAUAUAUAUAUAUAUAUAUAUAUAUAUAUAUAUAUAUAUAUAUAUAUAUUUUUAUUUUUUUAUUUUUUUAAAUUUUUUUUUUUUUUUUAAGUCCUAGCUAUGCUCUUAUGGUUUUAGACACUUUGUGGACUAUUUUUUUUAUUUAUUUUUUUAGCUCAGCCGAUGACUUUAUGUACUCACAUGUCAUUUUGGAUUGUUUAACAGAUGGGUUAAACGUUAUGUCUUAAAUCUCCUAAAUUUGUGAGCUUGGUGUUUCUGUAUCUUAAAUUGUUAUUUCUGCUUAAACUUUAGAGGUUGCCCCCCUUUCACUCCCCAAACUAAUCAAUUUAAGUCUAACACACUCUCCCUGACCAUAUUAUCAAUUUUGCUUAACCCCUUAAGGACACAUGGCAUGUGUGACAUGUUAUGAUUCCCUUUUAUUCCAGAAGUUUGGUCCUUAAGGGGUUAAAGGACCACUCAAUGAAGUGGUUUGGGUGCCAGGUCCCUCUAGUUUUAACCCUGCAGCUGAAAACAUAGCAGUUUCAGAGAAACUGAUAUGUCUCACCGAGGGUUAAUCCAACCUCUAGUGCAGGGGUUCUCAACGUUAGUCCUCAGGACCCCCUACCAGUCCAGGGUUUAGGGAUUACCUGGUGUGUCUAAGGUGUUUAGAAAAAAAAACACCUUAGAGUCUAAGGUGUUUUUUUCCCUUUUUCUAAACACCUGAGACACACCCAGGUAAUCCCCAAAUCCUGGACUGGUAGGGGGUCCUGAGGACUGGGUUGAGAACCCCUGCUCUAGUGGCUGUCUCACUGACAGCCGCUAGAGGCGCUUCCACGAUUCUAACUGUGAAAAUCACAUUGAGAAGACGCCGACGUCCAUAGGAAAGCAUUGCGCAAUGCUUUCCUAUGGGCGUUUUUUAAUGUGCACGCGCGGCUCUGGCGGCGCAUUCGGCUCCACUCGGGAGCCGAAGGAGGAGAGGUCACCAGUGCCAAGGGAGCCGAGUAAGUGGCUGAAUGGGUUUUAACCAGCAGGAGGAGGGCCAUGAGGGUUGGGGGGACCUAAGGACUACAUAGUGGUCCUUUAAGAGCGCGUUAGAAAGUUAAAAAGGUAAGGUUUACUGAUACAUGUAAGAUAGGCUUAUGAAAAAUGGUUUUGUUAUAAUCAGGGCCGUCUUUAAUUUUGAUUCGACCCUGGGCAGGCAUUUACUUGGGCCCCCUGGCUACAUAUAGAUGCACACAAAUACACUACCUGACACACAUGCAGUGCAGAUACACACUGACCGCAUACAGAUACACACAGACUACAUAUAGAUACUGACAAACAUGCAGAGACACAGUUACACAACCUGACACACAUGCAGAGACACCGAUACAAACGCUGACAUACAUGCAGAUACAAAGGUACACACACUGACUACAUAUAGAUACACCGACACAUACAGACACACAGAUACACAACCUGACACACAUGCAGAUAUACAGAUACACACACAAACACAAACGGACAACAUACAGAGACACCUUCUGACAGACGUACUGACACAAACACACACAGACUGCCAUACUGAAACACACAUACACAGCGCGGCUGUCACUUCCUCCCAGUGCUGCCAAAAAGCAAGGGCCCGGUCGCGCUGUUAAAGCGCCCCAGCGCACGACCGGUGUUCUGCUGACACCGUCCCACCGGGUGGCCCAAAGUGCAUGGGCCACCCGAUGAGCCCCCAUAGUUUGCAGGCAGAGGGCAAACGGAGCAGCUGUCUUGGGUCCCCCAGCAGGGACAGGGCCUGGGGCAGCUGCCCUGUUUGCCCCCGCGUUAAAGACGGCCCUGGUUACAAUCAAUGGGUAUACAGGGGUAUUUUGUAAAACACUGAAUAAAACAUUUAUAGACUGUCAUUUUCAUGUCACCCACUCUGAUGGUGUUAGCUGAUGCAGUCCACACACACUCGAUACUCUAGUGCAGGCUUCCCCAAACUCCGGCCCUCCAGAUGUUGCCAAACUACAACUCAUGAUUCUAUGAAUGAAAUAGGCUGAGAAUCAAGGGAGUUGUAGUUUAGCAACAUCUGGAGGGCCGGAGUUGUUUGAAGCCUACUCUAGUGGCUCCUAGAGGCCGAUAUACUCCUGGUCAUGUAGGUUAGUUAGCUUUAUCAAUCAACAAUGUGAGCGUGAAUUAUAUUAUCCAAUGCUUUACAGUGAAGUUUUAUUCGAAAAAAGACAUUGAUUUACCAUUGUAUGAAAUGGUUGAAAAGUCCAUCCUUGUAUAAUAUGGCGGCCUGAAAACCAGUAAAGAUUAAACUGUAAUUCUAUCUACAUUGAUAACACUUGUCUUUAUAGAUGGCUUAUGGACCACAGCUGCCAAUGGUUCUAUACAGAUUCGGAUUGACGAUACCUGCUCCCAGCCUGCUGUAACUGUGCACCAGAUGUUUCUGGAAUGUGUCGAUAAAUAUGGAAAUCUACACUCCAUGUCAAGCAAGAUCAAUGGUUUAUGGGAGCAUGUCACCUUCCUGGAAUACUACAAGUUCUCUCGUCGAGCUGCCAAGAGCUUCAUAAAGGUAGGGGAGAUGUUUCUGUCCAAGAAGAUCUUGAAAGGUUGUGUAUGGAAUAAUGCCACAAAUGUCAAUAUUCACAUGUGUAUAUAGACGUUAGGUAGGCCAUAGCCAACGAGCGCUGUCCUGCAUAGCUCUGAGGAGUUAACCAGAUUCUCCUAAAGUAAAAUCACAGAGGCCAUUGCUGAGGUCAUCUAGAAGGAUAACAUUAGGCUGGGAUUAAUCCAGCACACUCCAGGCACCAUGACCACUUCUGAGUUCUGUAGUGGUUAUGGUGCUUGCAUGUUCCUUUUCUUCUUUGGUUGUAUGUGUGUCCCCAUCUUAGUGUUAUUUCCUUGUAUACAUAUUUUGCUUUUCCACAAUUUAAUUUCCCUCCCCGCCAUGUUUUGUAUCCUGGGAGCCUAAGUUCCAUGCAGCAUUUUAUGCUCUCUGUGCAGCCUUCUGGAGUCGGAUUGAAUCACAGCAGAGGGCUCAACUACGCUCCUUACCUAGAACAGAGGAGGUCUCCAGAGGAGUCCCAGCAUUGGGCUCUCCUUCUGGGCCGAGAGCCAAGAUGGAUGUCAUGCCCACCAGCCAUCCACAACCUGGUAGUGCCGUUCCCAGAGCCUUGCAGGACUUUCAUCCUGCCACUUGAGCUGGAGGGCUAGGUGGUGACCAGGCAUAGGCUUGCACGCUUGGGGACCGAGAGUCUUGGUGCACCGACUGCUGAUCCUCUGCUGCACCCGAGAGGAGGUGAAAGCGUCAUUAAGCUGCAUACAGAUAGAGCAGAGCUAAUCACCCUCUAAAGCUUGCAAGAGGAAUUGGCUGAAACAUUUCUGCUGCACGAAUGUUGAUGUAAACCUGGUGGUGUUAAUCUCCUUGCCCCUCUUCAGUUAAUGAAACCUGUUUAUUCACACAUAUGACCACUCUCAACAUGUCUGACAUUUACCCUAUGCCAUGCUUUUCACUUAUAUCACUACAUAUUUUCCUAGCAUGAUUGUUAUUUUAUAUUUUAAAAAAUGUGCAGUUCCUCUUGACAUUGUGUUCUCUAACUAUACACCUGUAUUCAUUUGUUUUGCAUUGCAUCAUAUGUCAUGGUCACUACCUGUAUAUUUCAGAGCACUUAAAAAAAAUAAAUAUAAAAAAUUAAGAGCAAAUACCUGCUCCAGAGUAACCAAUUCAUUGUCCACAAUACUGGAAAAGUAUUAUAAUCACAAAGAGUAUAACUAGUGCAUCGUUUACAAUGGACCAACACUGGGUAGUGGGGUUACUUCAAUUAAAAUGCCACGUGGUAUAUCUUGAAUUAGCCUUAAGUUUUAAUAAAAUCCUACUUCUCACUUUGGAUAGUGGAAGUUCUGUACUGGUGAAUCAGAGGUGGUUUUGGUUCUAAUUCUUCUUGGAGAAUCAGAGGUGGUUUUGGUUCUGUGUCACGCUCUGAAUAUUUUGAGAAUUAUGAUACUAUCAGUGAGGAAAAUAGGUCAUGGAGCCAAAUUACAUGGGGAGAGAGAGUAAAAUAAAAAAAGAUGGCUAUCAUAUACAUUUUAUUUACUAAUCUGGGAAAUGUAUAGAAAAUGACUGAGCUGGACAAACCGCUAAUUUAUUGAAUUAUUCUAAUUCGGCUACGGUGACCAAACAUCUUAAAUUCUCUAGUAAAUAUGCCACAGGUCCUGGGUUCGUAAAUAAAACCCAAUUGAGGCACUCAUACUUUGCCCCACGCACACUACACGCAUUUCUUGCCCACCACUGGCCACUCUCUAUGGAAUACAAUAACCAUCCCGCAGACCUAGUCCUAAAGUAAACAUACAGCUGUGUGGGUUGGUUUGGAAAUAAGGAAGCCUUGUUUUCUUCAUUGUAAGCUUUUCCUGUUUAAGCAUCUGUAUUCAUAAAGAAUAAUGAGUUUGUCUGUAUCAUACAACAAUACUAAACCCCCAUAUUUAACAUAUCGCACUCUAACCAAUGUUGAGCCAUUUUGUUCCAAAGCAGCCUGGCCUGUUUAACCUGGGUUCAUUGUUUUCACAGCUUGGAUUGGAACCAUUUCAUAGUGUCGGAAUACUUGGGUUUAAUUCUCCAGAAUGGUUUAUUUCCGCGGUGGGAGCUGUGUUUGCAGGGUAAGCGCUCAUUGUGGACACCACCCCUCUUUGGGUCUCAAAGCUGAUCUAGAUCAUUUUAAACCUCCUUCUUUUGGGGAAGUAAUCAUAUUGGUGUAAAUGACCUCAAGAGACAGAAGAGAUGGUCAAAGUCAUUAAAGCAGCAUAUGAAAAAGAUUUUUAUUUUUUGUUGUCAAUCUGUUUUUUUUUGAGGCAGGUAUAAUGACAUGACAAGCAGUAAGAAUGUUGUACAUUUAACAUGCAAUGCAUAAAUGACAGGAGAAGUCAGUCGCUUAGUAAUAUCUCUCUUGUUUGGCCAAAAUCCUCAAGUAAUCACAGGCUAGACUAACACAUCAAUGUUAAAGUAACAGAAUUCCAAUUCACAGCUGCAAAGUGAGACCUGUCGGCUCGAUUGCUGAUUAAUUGCAUGCGCCUAUACAAGUGUUUGACAAAUAAUAUUUAGUAAUUUUGAGCUUUCAGUGCAAUGCCAUCGUAGUAGUAGUAGUAGUAGUAGUAGUAGUAAUAAUAAUUAAUGGAAAUUCUAUACAACACGUAGGCAACCAUCAAUCAGAGAUACAAUGGUCUAAUUUCAAAGCUGGCUGGCAGAGACAGUUGCUAUAAUGUACAACCUCAACACAUACUUAGCACUGUGCAAUAGUGAGUGGAGCAAUAUAGAACACGAUAUUGAAAGAUUGUAUACAACCUCUUUAAAGGACCACUAUAGUGCCAGGAAAACAUACUCGUUUUCCUGGCACUAUAGUGCCCUGAGGGUGCCCCCACCCUCAGGGUCCCCCUCCCGCCAGGCUCUGGGGAGAGGAAGGGGUUAAACUCACCUCUUUCUCCAGUACCAGGCAGGGAGCUGCUUUCCUCCUCUCCGCCUCCUUUCCUCCUCUUUGGCUGAAUGCGCAUGUGCGGCAGGUGCCGCGCGUGCAUUCAGCCAGUCCAUAGGAAAGCAUUCACAAUGCUUUCCUAUGGACGCUGGCGUCUUCUCACUGUGACUUUCACAGUGAGAAACGCGGAAUCCCUCUAGCGACUGUCAAUGAGACAGCCACUAGAGGCUGGAUUAACCCUAACAUAAACAUAGCAGUUUCUCUGAAACUGCUAUGUUUAUAGAAAAAAAGGUUAACACUAGAUUGACCAGGCACCCAGACCACCACAAUAAGCAGAAGUGGUCUGGCUGCCUAUAGUGGUCCUUUAAGUUUUAGAUGAUUUCUUCCAAGAAAUAAAGGAAUAUGUAAGAGAAAAAUACGAUAGUGCAGAUUGUAUUACACUGACCCUAAUUAUCAUUAAUUAAUUAACAUUGCUAAAUCCCAUUUGUGCAUAGUCUUAUUUGUAAAGGGUUCCUUAAAUUGAACAAUUUAUUGUCUGCUACAUGCAGAGUUAAAACCAAAACAUUAAACAGAAAUAUAAUAUAAAAUAGACACCAGAGGUUCGCUAGCCUCUUACUGAAUGAGGUGGUGAGUUAGACCGGCUUCUGCCAUUACUCACUAAAACAGCUUGUGAUAAAUCAAUGGGUGGGCUGCUGUCUCCUUCUCCGGUUCGGCUGGGCUGUAGUUCAACUGCUGCAGUCAGUAGAGAAAUAUACAUAGACCCAAGUUCGAAAUUAGCCGUCUCGAGUUCCGACCAGCAUAAGCUCCUCCCCCGUAAAUGACAUCGACGCGUUUCACAGUAUGACGGCUUCCUCAGGACGUGCUAUUGACUGCCAUGUCGGUUAUGGGCAUAUAAAGGUGUAAGUCAUAAUCUGAUUGGUUAGCUUGUUUUGCCUUAAUUUGCAUGCGGUCCUUUCGUCUUGCCGACUUAAAAUCUUAAAGGGACUCUCCAGCCAACCCGUUUUACUCACCUGGUUCCAGCGCCGGGAGCCUCGUGAAGCCGCGCCCCCUAUUUUUUCAAAAUGACGAAAUAGGCGGACGCGAGCAAGGAGCAAUCAGACGCUUCCAUUUGGAAGCAUCAUUGCUCCCUUGUGCGCAUGCACGGCUUUGCCGCACAUGCGCACAUCAAAGGGCGGCAUUCAUGCCGCCCUCUGAAGUCCUGAGCGCACUACCGCACAUGUGCGUGGUGUGUGCGGCCGCAAGCUAAGCUGACUGACCGCUCAGCUCGCGGUCUUUGCCCGCCCCCUCUCCUCGGCUGACAGGCAGGAGAGAGAAGGCACGCACACAGUGACUUCUCUCUCCUACACACGUCAGACUAUUUUAAUACGUCUGACAUGUACAAGGCCUUUUUUAGGGCCCUACAUGAUAGGAAGUCUCUCUGGUGGCCGUCUGAGUGACGGCCACUGGAGGUAUUCCUAUCAAUCAAUGUAAACACUGUAUUUUCUCUAAAAAUACAGUGUUUACAUUAGAUUGUCUGCAGGGAGCUAUAGAUCUCACCUGAACAACUACAUUAAGCUGUAGUUGUUCAGGUGACUAUAGUGUCCCUUUAACCAUAGUGCUGUGCUUUCAGUUUAUAUACAAUUACAAAUUUAUACAGUUACAGGUAUAUAUUUCAAAUAAGCUUUCAAUUAAAAAUAAUUUAACAUGAUAAACAGUGGUUAGAGGGAAUCUUAAAUGGAGACUAGUAGUUAAAGGAACAGUAAUAAUUUUGCAUUACUCCAUAGUAAUUGUUGUAAGCAUGAAUAUGAUCUUACAAUUCUCAAUUUCUAAACCUAAAAAUAAUAAAAAUCAAUAAAUCAUAUGUAUAAUAUCUUAAUGGAAUAUUUAAAAAAAUUCCCAAAGCCUGCUCAGGAAAUAAAAUAAAAGAGGAGAAUAAACAUAUGAAAUAAAUACACAUCAAUUGACUCUUACAAAUAAAUAUAAAUAAAAAUAAAUUCUAUACAAAAAUGGAUUACAUUAAAGAGAAAUAAAACGGAAGGGAAAAAAAAAGGGGUAAAGUGCAUAAAGUAUAAUAAAUUGUGAUAAAUUUGGAUCUCAUGGAGAAGAAAAGUGGAGUUAAAAAACGCAUGGAUAUCCGACUAAAAAACUAUCAAUUAAAAAACCUCUAAAAAAUUCCAAAAUUGGAUAAUAUAUAAAAAUGUAGGCUGUCAAAAAUAUAUAAAAUAAAUAAAAAUAAUAAUAAAAUCAGAUCUUUAUCUUAAAAAAUGACAAAUCUCUACAUCGUUACUAAGGACAUGAGGGAUCGUAGUAUUUAAAUCAAAGAUCCAUUUCAUUUUGGCCCGUCCUAUCUUUAUAUUAAAAUCUCCACCUCUCCAUUCCUUAUGGACCUGUUGGAUCCCUAUAAAAUUUAGUUUUGUGGGGUCUGCUCCAUGAUGAUGUUUAAAAUGUAGAGAAACCUGAUGCAGUGCGUAUUCCCUCUUAAUAUUAUAUAUAUGCUCACCUAUACGUAAAGGUCUGGUGGUACGUCCUAUGUAGUGUAAUCCACACGUACGGGUGAGCAUAUAUAUUACAUUCUUAGAACUACACGUUAUUCCUUUUAUCCUGUAUGUGAUAUUGUUGACUGUGAAUUAUUUUGUAUGCUGUUUUUAAUUUCCUGUUUUUACCACACGCACUGCAGUGACCACAUCUACAAAAGUCUUCCUGUUGAUUUAAAAAGUAAUUACCACUAGGUUUAGUUCGUCCAGAACAUUAUUCACUCAAAUUAGAGACUUCUUUAUGUAUUAUCCUGGGUCUAUCAGUCUGUAAUAACUGGCUGUGUUUUUCUUUAGUUGAAUAAGUCUUUUUUAUGUGUAUAUAUACAUAGAUAUGUCUUCUUUUGGGUCAGGCUCGCCACAAUAAUAUAUGUCUAUAUUAUUGAAAAGUACUAAUACGCAAUCUGACGUUCUUUAUAAAAAAAAAAAAAAUAUUUAUUCUACAUUCAACCAUAAUAUACUUAACAGAUGGUAUUUCUUAACGACGUUACAGAGAGUCGUCUUUGUAUCAGCAACUCAGGACAUCAGAGAGGAGAGCAAAAUGGAUCGUAGCAGGAAGAAUGUGUAAUCCUUUGUCCUUGGCUCUAUAUAGCCCAAAUUACGUCAUAACGUUUAGUUUAGACUCUGCCAUAUAAGGAAGUUCUCUAUAUAAAGACCACCUCAAAUCUCUUAUACAGCAAAUUCCAGAGACCUCAUGGUACAGAAUAGCAAACACCAUCUGUUCUGUUUAACCCAUUAGACAGCCACACCUUAAUAUGUAUUUGAAUAGGAACAUACAGAAUAUGCAAUAUUCUACACAGUCAAAAUGUGAUUGCGGGUAGGGUACGCUAUAAGUAUUGGCCAGUAUUUAUUUACAAUAUUGCGUACUUUCUGAUUAUGUCCCCCUGAGUAUUGACACAUGAAUGGAACACUAGCUGUAGUGUGCAUAGUCUUGUUCUCUUGGUAUUUUAAAAUCUCUGUUCUGUCUAAUUUCUCUACCCUCUCCUUAGCUUCUUUUAAACUCACCUCAUCGUAGCCCCUUUCCCUAAAAUCAUCAAUAACUUUUUGGCUUUGUUCUUCAAAUAUGCUGCCAUCAGUGCAGUUCCUCUUCAUCCUAAUAUACUGGCUUCUGGGUACAUUGUUCAACCAGGGACUGAAAUUACAGCUUUUGUUCUGGAUAUAACUGUUCACGUCCACUGGUUUGAAGUAUGUUUUUAUUUCUUCAUUUUCUAUAUAGAUGGUGAGGUCUAAAAAAAUGUAUCUUUUUAUUGCUAUACUCAGAAGUUAGACGUAUUCCCCACUCAAUGGAAUUAAGUGUAUGUAUGAAAUUAUGCAAAGAUUCAGCUCCACCUUUCCAAAUCCUAAUAAGGUCAUCUAUAUACCUUUUUAUAUAGCACCAAGUUCGACCCAGCUGCCACCCUCCUGAACAUGGACAUAUUCCCAGUGGGCCAUGAAGAGGUUGGCAUAGCUGGGGGCGAACUUGGUGCCCAUAGUUGUGCCACAUUGUUGGAGAUAAAAAUCACCCUGAAACCAGAAGUAAUUAUUCUCUAAAAUAAGCGUAAUUGACUCUGUUCUGGUGAGUAUAAAGAGAGAGAUUCUUAAAAAUGUUUAACUGCUUGUACACCCAGAUCAUGUUUGAUACUGGUGUAUAAGGAGGUGACAUCUGCUGUCACUAUUAAAUAAUCAUCAUGUCAAGGUGUCUCCUUCAAUAUUUGGAGGAUAUUCGUUGUGUCCUUAAGAUAUGAGGGGUUCCUUCUUACUAAAGGUUGGAGCAUCCGGUCAACAUGAAACAGAAUUAAUCCCCGAGACUAUUGGGCGUCCUGGUGGUCUUUCUAGAUUUUUGUGGACCUUGGGUAGGAAAUAAAAAAACUGAAUUUUUUUCAAAACUAAUGUUGAUAUAAUCUCUCUCUGAUUUACUCAGAAUACCAUUGUCAAAUCCCUGAGUUAAUAAGGUGUGUAAACUUUUCUUUAGUUUAGUAGAAUCGUCCGAUAAUUUUAAAUAGGUAUCCGUAUCCCCUAGUAGUCGUCUGUAAAACUCAGCAAGAUAAUAUUCCCUAUCCAUAAUCACUAGACCUCCCCCCUUGUCUGCCGGUCUCAUGAUUUUUUUUUUAUUUAUUUUUUUUUCUCAAUUCCUUCAGGGAUUUAUAUUUUUGAGGGGAGAGAUUUAAUUGAUGUCUAUUUAGUGGUUUUAAUUUCUGAACCUACUUAUUAACCAUUUUUUUUUUUUUUUAACAUGUAACCAUUUCUUCCGACAUGUGCCAUUUUGGGUAAAAUAAGGAUCUUUCUUUAAGAACCAUAUGAGUUACUCCUUUUGAUGUGUUUUGGGUUGUUGUACAUAUUUUGUUAACAAGUCCACCUCCUCUUCCUUUAAAAUUUUCUUUGAUUGAAAAUUCCUCUUGGUGUCUUUCUCGCCUUAUCUUGUAAGAAAUUACUGCUAUCACUCUUAAUUUUCCUCUAUUUAUCCUCUUUCCUCCUCUCCUUCUGUUCCUUUUCUCCUGAAUCUUUUGUUGAGAGGUGGAGGGGAUAAUGCAUCCCUUUUCCUUAAUUUCUUCUCUAAAAAAGGAAAGGGUGACAGCAGCCCACCCACUGAUUUAUCACAAGCUGUUUUAGUGAGUAACGGCAGAAGCCGGUCUAACUCACCACCUCAUUCAGUAAGAGGCUAGCAAUCCUCUGUUGUCUAUUUUAUAUUAUAUUUCUGUUUAAUGUUUUGGUUUUAACUCUGCAUGUAGCAGACAAUAAAUUGUUCAACUUAAGUAACCCUUUACAAUUGAUGCUAUAUUAUAUCAUUAUCUGCGAAUAAGAUUACGUGCAAAUAAGACAAUACACAAAUGGGAUUAUUUAGCAAUGUUAAUUGAUAAUUAGUGUCAGUGUAAUACAAUCUGCACUAUCAUUGUAUUUGUUUUGCAUUUUUCUCAUACAUAUUCCUUUAUUUCGUGGAAGAAAUCAUCUAAAACUUAGAGGUUGUAUACAAUCUUUCAAUAUCGUGUUCUAUAUUGCUCCACUCAUUAUUGCACAUUACACUCUAUUGGUGAAUUUGGGGACUACACCUGAGUGUGAAGCAUAUUUGUACCCACUGUUCCAAUAAGCACUAUUUGGCACCCAGAUCCUUUCUUCUAUUUACAUACUUGGCACUACCAAAGUCAACGUGUUCAUUCUAAGUUUUACAAGCCUGGAACUAUUUCUGGGCUCCAUGUGUAUCCACAGCCAGUAUCUAUUGGUAUAAUAUUAAUUCCUUAAGUACACCGCUUCACAAGUAAAAGGGGUUAAGAAAUAAUAAUAAACCAGUAAGGAGCAUAUAUCUAGAAAAUUGAUUCACGGGAAUAGGGAAAAUAAUCAGUGUCAUGUCUCACCUACUGCUGUAUAUCUGGCUACAUUUACAUUCCAAGUGUUUAACCCAAACAUUAUGUUGCCAAAUGUGAAACAUGGUGGGGCAUCUGCAUUGUUAUGAGCAUCUAUCUAUCUCAUCGAUCAUAGUGAAGUCAUUAGAUCUGAUGAUUCAUCUUCAUGGUCGUAUAUUGGAAUAUGAACUCCGUUUAAAGGAAAGGUAGCACGUAGAGUUGAGCGGACACCUGGAUGUUCGGGUCCGGCAAACUUGACCCCGAACCCCAUUGAAGUCAAUGGGUACCCGAACUUUUGGGCACAAAAAUGCCUCUAAAAAAAGUCAUGGAAAGGGCUGGAGGGCUGCAAAAGGAAGUAAAAUGGGGGUAAGAGUAGGACAAGUGCCCUGCAAACAAAUGUGGAUAGGGAAAACACUUAAAAUAACAUAGUUACAUAGCUGAAAAGAGACUUUCGUCCAUCAAGUUCAGCCUUCCUCAGAUUUGUUUUUUUGCUUUUUGCAGAAGGCAAAAAACCCAGUUUGAAGCACAAUUUUGCAACAAGCUAGGAAAAAAAUUAUACUUGACCCCAGAAUGGCGGUCAGAUUUAUCCUUGGAUCAAGCAGUUAUUACCCUACAUUGAAAGAUUAUAUCCUUGAAUAUUCUGUUCUUGCAAGUAUGCAUCUAGUAGCUGUUUGAACAUCUGUAUGGACUCUGAUAAAACCACUUCUUCAAGCAGAGAAUUCCACAUCCUGAUUGUUCUUACAGUAAAAAAACCUUUCCUUUGCCUUAGACUUAAAAUACAGCCGAGCCAUAAAAUAGCACUAGAUGGAAUCUUUGAUUUUAGCUUUGGAAGAACAUAAAUCAAAAUCUAAAGCAUGGCUGUCAGGAGGAUCACCAGAAUUAUCCAUUUGAGAGGGCUGGAGUGCAGGGUAUUCUUUCAUUGUUCAAACUGAGCUCAACUCCUGAUGCAUGGAGAAAAGGCCUUCACAAGCCUCUGCUAUUGUGUACAUAGUUUAUACUAAGUGACCCAUAGGUUGAGGAGGCGGUGACCAUGGCGGUGUAGGUGGAAGCAGCGGUGGAGGUGUGUGUGUGUGUGUGUGUGUGUGUGUAUAUAUAUGUAUAUGUGUAUAUGUGUGUGUGUGUGUGUGUGUAUGUGUAUAUGUAUAUGUAUAUGUAUAUAUAUAUAUAUAUAUAUAUAUAUAUAUACAUACACACACUUUAAAAAAAAUUUAUAUAUAUAUUUUUUUUUUUUAUUGGGGUAGCCCCCAAAAUAUUGGGACAUAUAAAAACAUUUGCAGCCUGUGGUGCAUUUCUUGCAGUCCAAUAACGCCAUCAGGUUUUUAAAACUGUCCGUCUCCACCAGACGGAAUAACAGCAUUUCAAAGCCACGAAUUUUGAAAUGCUUGCAUUCAGGGCCAGGGAUCGCGGGUGGCUAGGGGGAUACUUCCUCUUUCUCUCCAGUGUUUGGUAGAUGGACAGCUGAAUGCUUCCAUGGAACAGUGUGGAGAUGCUGGACAAUUGUGUACCUGGCCUAUGCUGGUGCAGGAACCCACCCUCCGAGCCACUUGUGAAUGACUGACCUAAUAACCAUGGAAAUUACCCUCUUCCUCCUCCUCUUCCUCCUGUGCACAUCCUCUUCCAUCACCGCCCGAAGCGUUUUUUCAAGGAGACAUAGAAGCGGGACAGUAAGGCUGAGAACGGCGUCAUCAGCACUGGCCAUGUUGGCGGAGUACUCGAAACAGCGUAACAUGGCACACAGGUCUCGCAUGGAGGCCCACUCAUUGGUGGUGAAGUGGUGCUGUUCCGCAGAGCGACUGACCUGUGCGUGCUGCAGCUGAAACUCCACUAUCGCCUUUUGCGGCUCGCACACUCUCUCCAGCAUGUGCAAGGUGGAGAUCCACCUUGUGGGCACGUCGCAUAUUUGGCGGUGAGCAGGAAGGCCAAAGUUACGCUGCAGCGCAGACAGGCGAGCAGCAGCAGGGUGAGAACUCUGAAAGCGCACCCAGCCUCUACAGUGUUCCAAGUUGCGGAUCAGUCUGGUGAUGGCUUCUGGUAUCCAGUACUCUUUUUACUGAAGCUGCAUCAGGAUCCUGGUAUGUGGCCGCACAAACGCUGGUGCUCAACACCAGGGGGCAUGCGGUUACCCUGCACCAGACCCUGCUAAUCCAUUCCACACUGUGACUCCUAACUUCAACAUCAGGCAUACUGGGUCUUGGUCGUCCGACCGCCGCCCAGACAGUGUCUGGGUCCUGGUCACCGGACUGCGAAAAUGCGAAUGGCUUGUUAAAUCUGUUAUGGUUCCUUUUAUCACUCCAUCUGUUACUUGCAUAACUGCUUUUGCACCCUGCUCCCUCUUGCUGGUGCCUCUGUGUGACCAGCGCCUCUUCCUCCAAACUGCACACGUCACUCGCAUGACCUUGAUUCCAUGUGGGGUCUAGGACCUCAUCAUGCUCCACAUCAUCUUCCACCCACUCCUCAACCCUGCCCUCCUUGCUGGUCUACACACUGCAGAAAGCCACAGCAGUUGUUUUUCCAGCAUGUAAACUCUGCAAAGGACAUAUGGAAAUUGUUUUAGAAUUGUAUCCAGGCAACAGUUUUCCCUAUAAACUGACCUCUCAGUUUGACUUGUGAGGGUAUUGCCCCCAAAUUACAAUAUUGUUAUAUUGGUAUUUAACGCUUCGAUUUGACUCUCAGAUAUGAAGUGCAGGCCACAAAUGUACUAUUUAACACCCAAAAAAAUGUGAAUUGGUCAAACGGCGCUGUAACCACAGUAUUUGACGGUUCUAUUUGACUGUUAGAAAUGAAGUGCACACCCCAAACUUACUUUUUAUCACCCAAAACAAUUAGAAUUUUUCAAAGUGCGCUGUAAGCACAGUGUUAGGUGGUUCUAAUUGACUCUCAGAGAUGAAGUGCACCGCAGGCCGCAAAUGUAUUAUUUAGCAGCCAAAAGAUUUGAAUGUUUAAAAAUGCUACGUCGCAGCACUAUUUGACGGUUCUAUUUGACUCUCAGAUAUGAAGUGCAGGCACCAAAUUGACUUUUUAGAACCUAAAGAAUUAGAAUUUUUUACAACUGCAAUGUAAGCACAAUAUUUGACGGUUCUAUUUGACUCUCAGAAAUUAAGUGCAUGGCCCAAAUUUACUAUUUAGCAGAUUAGCACCCAGAAAAUAAGAAUGUUUACAAUUGCGCUGUAACCGCAGUAUUUGACGCUUCUAUUUGACUCUCAGAUAUGAAGUGCAACCCACUAAUGUACUUUAUAGCACCCAAAAAAAUUUACUUUUUAAAACUCCGAUGUAACCACAGUAUUUGAAGUUUCUGUGUGACUCUCAGAUAUGAAGUGCACCCCUCUAAUGUACUAGUUUGCAGAAUUCUUUAUUAUUAUUAUUAUUAUUAUUUAUAUAGUGCCAAUAAAUUCCGUAGCGCUGUACAAUGGGUGGACUAACAGACAUAUAAUUGAGAUCAGACCACUGGACGAACAGGAACAGAGGGGGUUGAGGACCCUGCUCGAUAAGCUUACAUGCUAGAGGGAGUGGGGUAUAGUGACUCAAAGGGUUAAAGUAGGGGAAUUACAUAGUUUGUUAGGGAAGGGUUUGAGUGCUUGGUAGGUCAUUUUUGACAGUUGCAGGAAAGGAGUCAUAGGGUGGGAGAUGAGAACCCUGCUGACAGUUUAAUUGAUACGCUUUAAGUGGUGAGUUUUUUAAAGGUUUUUUGAAGGAGUGGAGGCUGGCUGAAAGUCUGAUUUGAGGAGGGAAGGGAGUUUCAUAGAAUAGGUGCAGCCCUGGAGAAGUCUUGAAGGCAAGCAUCAGAGGAUAGGCGUAGGUCUUGGGCUGAGCACAGGGGUCUCGACGGGACAUAUUUGUGUAUGAGGGAGGAUAGGUAUGUUGGAACAGCAUUAUGUAGGGAAUUUGUAAGCAAGCGCCAGAAUUUUAUAACAUGACAGGAGGCUUCGUAUUUGCUUUAGUCUCUCUUUACUAGAACUCCACAGCAGCACAGAAAAACAACCAAUCAGAAAAAAGUUAGGUACUAUAAAACCCCCUUCCCAUUGCAUCAUUUCCUCUUUCUUUGCUGCUCCGCAGUCAGUACAGGUCAGAGUACCACUGCCUCCUGCUUAUAGUGGGUGGCUUUGGGAUUUAGUGUUAUUUAUUUAUGAUUGUUAUUAAUUAUGCUUGCUUGUGAGAUUUAUGUGCCUUUCUGGCUCUUUUCUUUACUUUGGGGAAUGUUUCCUUUACAUUACCGAUAGUUUUGCCAUGUGUUUAUUUAUACAGAUUACUGUUAGCUUUCCAUGUGUUUAUUUGUACAGAUUACUGAUAGUUUUACCAUGUGUUUACUUACACAGAUUACUGGUAGUUUUGCCAUGUGUUUAUUUCUACAGAUUACUGGUAGUUUUGCCAUGUGUUUAUUUAUACAGAUUACUGGUAGGCUUGCCAUGUGUUUAUACAGAUUACUGGUAGCUUGCCAUGUGUUUAUUUAUACAGAUUACUGAUAGUUUUACCAUGUGUUUACUUACACAGAUUACUGGUAGUUUUGCCAUGUGUUUAUUUAUACAGAUUACUGAUAGUUUUGCCAUGUGUUUAUUUAUACAGAUUACUGGUAGUUUUGCCAUGUGUUUAUUUAUACAGAUUACUGGUAGUUUUGCCAUGUGUUUAUUUAUACAGAUUACUGGUAGUGUUUAUUUAUACAGCCAUGUGUUUAUUUAUACAGAUUACUGGUAGUUUUGCCAUGUGUUUAUUUAUACAGAUUACUGGUAGGCUUGCCAUGUGUUUAUACAGAUUACUGGUAGCUUGCCAUGUGUUUAUUUAUACAGAUUACUGGUAGUUUUGCCAUGUGUUUAUUUAUACAGAUUACUGGUAGUUUUGCCAUGUGUUUAUUUAUACAGAUUACUGGUAGGCUUGCCAUGUGUUUAUACAGAUUACUGGUAGCUUGCCAUGUGUUUAUUUAUACAGAUUACUGGUAGUUUUGCCAUGUGUUUAUACAGAUGGUAGUUUUGCCAUGUGUUUAUUUACUUACAGAUUUAUUUACUGGUAGGCUUGCCAUGUGUUUAUUUACAGAUUAUUGGUAGUUUUGCCAUGUGUUUAUUUAUACAGAUUACUGGUAGUUUUGCCAUGUGUUUAUUUAUACAGAUUACUGGUAGUUUUGCCAUGUGUUUAUUUAUACAGAUUACUGAUAGUUUUGCCAUGUGUUUAUUUAUACAGAUGUGUUUAUACAGAUUACUGGUAGCUUGCCAUGUGUUUAUUUAUACAGAUUACUGGUAGUUUUGCCAUGUGUUUAUUUAUACAGAUUACUGGUAGUUUUGCCAUGUGUUUAUUUAUACAGAUUACUGGUAGUUUGCCAUGUGUUUAUUUAUACAGAUUACUGGUAGUUUUGCCAUGUGUUUAUUUACACAGAUUUCUGUGAGUUUCCAUAUGUGGCUAUAUCACAGAUUACUGUGAGUUUCCAUAUGUAGAUAGAUCACAGAUUGCUGUGAAUUUCCAGGUCUAAAUAUCACAGAUUUCUCGGAUUACUGUGAGUUUCCAUGUGUAUAUAUAUCGCGGAUUUCUGUGAGUCCUUGGGCAGUAUAUACUUAUAUCACGGAUUCUGUGAGUUAUAGGACAGUGUAUACAUAAAUCACAGAUUUCUGUGAGUUCUAUGUCAGUGUAUAUAGCACGGCUUGCUGUGAGUCUUAGUGCUAUAGAUAUCACGGAUUGCUGUGAGUUUCACUGACGGUAGAUGUCAGUCCUGUCUAUGCCGAUACUAUUCUAUCUUAUCAGGCUUCUUGGGAAGAUUCAUUGCUUUGGCAAUUGUUUUUGCCCUACUCCUGAAGAGACCAUGAGUACAAUACCCUUCAGGCGGUACGAUGAUGAUGAUGACCUACAAUAAAGAGAAGAUAUCUCAUACGGAUCUGUAUGUACAUGUGCAUUACAAUUUACACUUAAAAGAGGGUAUUGCUCAGCAGAGCUCGAUUUUAUGGACACUCACUGGAACAUGUCCAGCUCAAACCCAAUACAACUGGUUUUACCUCUAUGUUGCCUGCUGGGCACUUAGGGACCGCCGGGUACGGUUUAUUUACACAGUAGUACGCUGUCCAAGAUUAGUGUCUAAGGGUACUAGGUCACAGGAUGCCUGGAGGAUUUACAGAUAUUUAGGGGACUCUGCCAAUCUCAGAGGUCCCCAUUACUCAUUUAAUAUGAAACAUAAGAUUGGCCUGCUAUGUCUGUGCCCAUAAGAUUGGCCUGCUAUGUCUGUGCCCAUAAGAUUGGCCUGCUAUGUCUGUGCCCAUAAGAUUGGCCUGCUACGUCUGUGCCCAUAAGAUUGGCCUGCUACGUCUGUGCCCAUAAGAUUGGCCUGCUACGGCUGUGCCCAUAAGAUUGGCCUGCUACGGCUGUGCCCAUAAGAUUGGCCUGCUACGGCUGUGCCCAUAAGAUUGGCCUGCUACGGCUGUGCCCAUAAGAUUGGCCUGCUUCGGCUGUGCCCAUAAGAUUGGCCUGCUCUACCUGUACCCGAACCCCCCUUUGGACCACAAACCGGGGGGAAUAUCACUGAAGUAAGCUCAGUACCCUCUAGGUAGGUGUCCGGACAGGCACUGCUGCCAGAUUAUCCAAGAGGACACCAGGAUAUGGACAUCUAACUGUGAUUGGAAGGGUGAAGGCCCUACACCUCAUGCCCUGAAGGGCAAAGUUUUUAUGAGAAUUCACGGGCACGCAAUUACGGGUUAUACCCAACGACGACACAUCUCCAAGGGGAAUUUCGCGCAAGCAGGGAACAGUGCUCAGACGCCAUAUUAGGUAUUGGUAGUGUUUUUCUAUGUCAUGUUUAGCUCUUGACCUUUUCAACUGGAUUCGCUUGAUUCAAUUUUUUUCCAGUCUGCUAUCCGACCGGCUUUCUGAGGUACGUAUUUUCCAUUUUCUACUUCAUUGGUCGUUUCUUUGUUUUUCGUGCCUUCUAUUGUCCUAUCGCUCGGGUCGUCGGGAGGCCUGAUAUGACCUCCUCCGACCUCCCGGGCACUUGUGGAUUGCGGAGAACGUCUCCAGCUUUCCUCAGACUACCGACGGUCAUCCUGGAGCCCGCGCGCACGCACGGGAUCCGGGCGGUCCGUUGAUAGUUACCAUCUUCAGCUCCGAAACGUAUUUUUCUCAUCAUCCCUUUCUCUUAAGGUCGGACACGGCCCGAGGUUGUAUACUUUGCUUAUAUUAAAUAAGGGUGUAACCCCACGUUUGGUCACCCUGAGUCUCUACUGGACUCUGGUUUGGAUUACAGAGGGUGCGGCCCUCCUUCACCUCGGCCCGAGAUUGAUAUUUUUAUUUUAAAGAGUAGAGGGCGAACCCCUCUCAUUUACCAAAUCGGACACUGAUUCAUUAGAGGGCGCGGCCCUCCCUCAACCUCGGCCCGAUACUGAGCUGGAUAUAGAGGACAUGCUCAGAGUGACUCAUUCUCAUAGAUGGAACCGGACACAGAGGUAGACUCUAAGUUUGACUUCUAACGGGUGCGGUCCGCUCAUACCACCAACCGUGCGCGGACUCAGAGUGCGAUAACAUUUUACAGAGUGCGACUCUCUCAUACACUCAACGCACUAUGGUGCCGUCCAUUUGUUCCUCACACAGACGUGUACCUGUACAGGUCAACUAUGACCGCAUAGAGGGGCGUCCCUCCUACACCCAAUUUAAAUAUGAUGACCACGCUACUGAUUUCGUUCUAGAGGGCUACCUCAUCGGGCAAGGUAUACAUAGUUUGACUGGAUCCAUCUUGUAUCCACAUGAGAAAUGCCCUCAGAGGUAUUAGUGGGGGAGGUUUCCCACUUAUGUACACACAUUCCAGGAGACCGUACGACUAAGGAGGAGCCUCAGUUCUUACAAGAGUACAGGUUUUGGUAUAACCUGUGCUAUAUCAAACAGACAUUGCACUCUGUUUCAGAUAUUUAUUGUGUACAAACUGUGCAGUCUAUUCUCCCGUGUCAGGGUGACAUGAGACCCUGAGACCUGCAUAGGGCAAACUGGCACUGCCUUGCUCGAGUAACAAGACUGGAAAAUUCACAUAAACUGUCUUCAGGGGCACCGUAUGCAUGGAUCGCAUGGAGAAACCGAAAUUCUCAGGACUUGGCUCCCUGGUCCUUACAAUCUUGAGAUAAAGUUGUCAGGACUGCUCCUACAACUCUGAACACACCUUGAGAACAGUGUUCGGAUUCUAUAUCCAUCACGGGAACCAUCUUGGUUUGGGUUCUCACUAGCCUUCCGAUUCAACUACCAUCAAGGAAACAUACACUGGGAGUUACAUGCUUGAACAGUCUAUGAGACAGGAACCUAGGGGUCUCACUAGAUUAUUCCCUAUCUUGUAGGAACCCCUACACGAAUAUUGACAGGUCGGGCAUGGAACAGGAUUGUACAAAUGGUAAUCAGAGUAUCUCACACUCUCACUGCAACACGCAAGGGCUCUUCUGUGUUAUACGGGUCCUAAACUCUAUUGGAUCCAGCCAUCUUAGCACUCUUAGAGGAUGAUGUAUUUGGAUAGAAAUCUCAACUCCAGUUUCCAGUCCCAUCCCUUUGAGCUUUCCAGGAUCCACAAUUCUCAGAAUAGUUGACCACCGUUUACCACACGAGUUCAGUUUGAGACCUUGAUUGGACACCCUUUGGAUGUCUUUUCUAGACCGCAGCCGUGGAUUACGCAGUCCAGUUGGUAGACUGGAGUCUCUUAGGAUACGGCUAGAAUGGUCCACACUAUUAUCUGUAUAUAACUUGAUUUCAGAGGAGACCAUUCACCAGGUAGGUCAUAAAGGAACGAAUAGACACUAUUCGGCUCUAUUCGAGUAUUGACGGUGGACUUAGGAGCAGGCCUGAGGUUGGAGUUUGUCUGCAAGGCCACAUCGCCUGGUGGACCUGACACGAUCGGAGGAAUCACCUCCCACAUCAAGAGUCGAGACACGGUGGAAGUCUCUUCUCGCGACCCCUCGGCACUUUACACCUACAUGACUAUGGCUAAUAGGUCAACUUGACAGCCCAUGGACCGACUGCUAGGGAACAGGUUGUAACCCCACGUACAAUGGAUCUAUCAAUGGACGUCACUUCUCGCAGUUGGAAGGUCCAUUUAGGAUUGCUCUAAUAUUCUCGGAAUGGGUACCAGCGAAACAAGCAGCGUUGGAUUUGUUGGCUGAGCGUUAAAACAGCAAAUACGAAGCCUCCUGUCAUGUUAUAAAAUUGUAGAUUAUGCUAGCUUUAGUGUACCUAUAAUCUUAGUUUUAUUAAUGACAGGAGGCGAGUAUUUCCCACCCAUUCUUAUCCCUCCCUUGUUUAAUUUUAUAGUUUGGAUUUAUCAGGUACGUAUACAACUCUGCUUGUUGUUGUUUCUGCUACCUGUCACCUGUCCUUAUGUCUGUUUUUCAUAAGCAAGGUUGGGAUAUCUACAUAUUUUGUUUGCUACAUUGGUUAUCUACAAGUUUAUUCAAAAUACAUUUAAUUGGAUAAUCAACCUGUUCGAUUCUGUUUUUUCUCUCGUUUCAGUUUCCAGUCCUUCACCACUAUCUGGCGUGGCACUUCUUCGUGGAUGGUGGGCAUUGACUUAUUUUCAGUCCUUCAACGCUAUCCGGUUGACAGUUCUUCUCAGACGUUGGACAUUGCUGUAUUCAUCGUAUCUGGACUUCGUUGCUUCCCAUUAUUUUUCUGCCUUUGUUCUGUUUUGUCGCAGCUUGAAAGAGGAAAUGAUGCAAUGGGAAGGGGGUUUUAUAGUACCUAACUUUUUUCUGAUUGGUUGUUUUUCUGUGCUGCUGUGGAGUUCUAGUAAAGAGAGACUAAAUCAAAUACUCGCCUCCUGUCAUUAAUAAAAUUAAGAUUAUAGGUACACUAAAGCUAGCAUAAUCUACAAUUUUGAAUUGGGCCUAUAUAUCUAACUGGAAGCCAAUGCAGGGACUGACAGAGCGUGGAGGCGUGGGAGGUGCGACCGGACAAGAAAAUAAGCCUCGCAGCCGCAUUCAUUAUAGAUUGCAGCGGUGCAAGCUGGGAACAUGUAAGACCGGUGAGAAAGGGAUUGCAGUAGUCAAGGCGAGAGAGAACAGCAUGAACCAGUACCUUAACCGCGUCCGGCGUUAGCGCGCAUCUGCCCAUAUCUAUGUUCUUGAGUUGGAAGCGACAGGAUUUGUCAAUCGAUUGGACAUGGGGAGUAAAAGAUCAGAAUCAAAAAGAACCCUGAGGCAGCGAGCCUGCUAAUCUGUCCCUGAAAGCGGCAGCAUCCUCUCCCUACACUAAUAAGAGCUCAUGUGAUGUGCUGCGCUACGUGACUCCAGCUUAUAUAUAGAGGCUGGGUCACAUGCUGCACUGGCCAAUCACAGCCAUGCCAUUAGUAGGCAUGGCUGUGAUGGCUUCUACGGGCACACGAGUCAAACGCUUGUUGAUUGGUUGCCCUGCAGCUUUUCAAAACGCGCCAUUAAAUCGCUGAACACCGAACUCCAAUCCGAACAUACAGUGAUAUGUCUGUGUUUGGGUCCGGGGUCCAAAAAACGUAAUGUUCGGUAAGAACCUGAACUUUACAGUCCGGGUUCGCUCAACUCUAGUAGCACAAAAUUGUGUAAUCACAAUAAUGUCCAUAUGCACACUGCUAAACAAAAAAGUGUCUUCCAGAACAAUAGUAUGAAAUAAAAAGCCUUCUAUUGUCUCCUGAUCACCAGAUCUGAACAUUAUCGUAUCAUCAGAGUAAGUUCAGGAACACUUUUUUUUAAUCCCACCUUAUCCCUCAAAGGCUCUUCUUACAUGAAUGGUGCAAAUUUCUCUUUGUAGACCUUUUAGGACUUGUAUAUGAACAACUGAAGCUCCUAUUUAGAACUCCACCAUGUCUUGCUAGGUCCUUGAUAUUUAAGUGUUUCCAUUAUUUUUCUGUCCAGUGUAACUUUUUACAUGAAAAGCUGUUCUAUGUUGCAAAAUGUUUCCAUUGUAUUGCAUUGACUGUUAUUACGUUACAAUGUAGAGGAAUUGCUACGGGGAUCUAUGCUACCAAUUCUCCCGAAGCCUGUCACUACAUUGCUAGUGACUGCAAAGCCAACAUUAUCGUAGUCGAAAACCAGAAACAACUGGAAAAGAUCCUACAGGUAUGCCCUAGGGUUAUUUUGUUUGUUACAAGUAGACAGCCACUAACAGAGGACAUUUUUCUUGGGUGUCUUUGAGUACAUGUAUAUUUUCCAGUAGCGCAAAUGGACUUGCUAUUAGCACAGUAACACUCUUUAAAGGAACACUCCAACCACCAUAACCACUACAUAGCACUGCAAAGUGUGUCCUGGUUUUCUCCCAAUAUAAGCAGUCAAACUAUUUUAGAAUGGUUGUCUUCUUGUCUGUAGUUUGCCAGGCACCGCUCCCCAUCUCCGUAAGGGCCAGAAGUGCUCUGCCUAAAUACAAAGGUACAUAACAUAUUAUUGGUUGAAAGUGGUCAGUAGGAGCUUCUGGUUCUCAGAAAAGGAGAGGUUAUGGUGCCUGGCAUGUCCCUUUAAUGACAUUCAGACGAUAACAGGUGUUGGGUAGUCACUGACAAAAUUAGAUCUUGCUGCAGUAAAUGCAACAUGAGGAUGUUCAGUUGGUUGUAACAUGCUGGUAUAUCAUUAGUAUGUACAAUUAGGGCGGCCCGAUCCAGCAUGUUUUCCUGGCAUAUCACUCCUGCACACUGAUAGGCAGCAUUAAAAAUGUUUAUAUAGAAUUCAUAUGGUGGUGUAGGGAAUAAAAGGGACAAAUUAAGUCAAAUUAAAACAACUUUAGCUUAAUGAACACCUACUGCCCCCUUGUACCCUUCCCCAAAAAAAAUAAAGUAAAUUUUUUUAAAAAUUAAAAAAAGACACUAUAGGUAUUAAAACAACUUUAGCUUAGUGAAGUACAUACAAUAUGAGGUGGAGUAUCUUCUUGUUUAAAAUAAAUAUUAAAACAAAAAAAAAAACACAUAAUAGUGCAAUAUUGUCUAAAUCUCUUAUAAAUAACAGGGAAGUAUGUGGGAAUAAACUCACAAAACAGGAGCCUGUAAAGUAAGGCAAGAAUUCAGCCUGUAAAGUAAAGUAAGGCAAGAAUUCAGAUUUCGAGGUUUGCCACUUUUAAACAUUUAGUUACUUAACAAUAUGUUUUUUAACAAGAGUUUUUUUAUUUCAAGCUAAUUUAGGGGCUGUUUUAAUCCUAUUUUAUACUUGUUUUAUUAUUAGUAUUUAUAUCUUUAAAUUCCUAGUUCCCUUUUUAAGAGAACAAGAUUUAUAUAGACAUUUUAAAGUGCCUAUUUUACAUGUUCUGUUUAUAUAAGAACUACUUCUCUUCACUAUAUUUAUUUGUAUUGGUAAUAUGUAUCUAUUUUAUUUAUUUUUCUUUUAAAUCUUUGCCUUGUGAGAUUUUACUGCAUAUAAGAAGUAUUUUAAAUGUAUAAUGAACUGCUACCAAAGAAUUAAACAUAGUGGAACGCAGAGACACGUCCCUAUACAUGAAAACCGGAAUUGAAACACAUGCGUUCCACUGUUGAAACGCAAAUGCCGAAACCGGAAAUCACUGAACCAGUACGUUCCACUUAUGGAACGCGGAAGUGAAAAUACCGCGAUCGGACAAUCAAGUCAGAAAAAGGGCACGAAUUUUAACUACAAAUAAAGAACAUUUACAGCAACUGAGGAAGCCUCUAUAUGAGGCGAAAUGCAUUUUGCUACCAGAGACUAUCUCUACAGGAUUACCUUCAACUGUAAGGUUUUGCUUUUAUAACUUUUUUUAUAACUUUUUUUGUGCACUUUAUAAAUAAAGCACUUUUUCACCAUUUAUACUUACCUGUGAGAGGACAUCCCAUUAUUCAUCACCUCCUGGCAGUAUAAAGAAGGGAGUGGGAACCUAAAUCCCACAAUGCUGGAAGACUGAGCCUUACUUUACAGGCUCCUGUUUUGUGAGUUUAUUCCCACAUACUUCCCUGUUAUUUAUAAGAGAUUUAGACAAUAUUGCACUAUUAUGUGUUUUUUUUUGUUUUUGUUUUAUCUCUAGGUUAUUUUAAUAUUUAUUUUAAACAAGAAGAUACUCCACCUCAUAUUGUAUGUAUAUUCUGUUUGUUGUGAGGGCAAAGGGUACUCACUAAGGUGUAUGAGAAUCUCUUGGUUUAUUUUAGUACAUGUGUGUUCCACUGGCAAUACUGUAUUUCUUUGCAUUAGCUUAGUGAAGCCCUGCUCAAUUCUCUGUCAAUUAGGAGUUCAAAAACGUUUGUCUUUGUCCAUGCACACCUUCCACGCCUUCUGUAACUGACACCACCUAGAUCAUAAAAAUUGUGUAAUUUUUCAAUCAGAUGCUAACUUGAUGUAGAAUUUUUUUUUUUUUUUUUUUAUCUCCUGCUCUGUAAUUUGAACUUUAAUCAUGCACAGGAGACUCCUGCAGUGUCUAGACGGUUAUUAACUGAGCAGGCGAUAAGAAAUUCUAAACAGAAUUUGUAGUAAAGGAAGUUUGAACAUUCGAUCUCUUUGCAGGAAGUGUUUAGGAAGGCUGUGCAAGUCAUAUGCAAGGAGGUGUGACUAGGGCUGCAUAAACAGUGAUCUAACUAUAUGUAUAUUGGGACACAUGCAAAAUACAGACUCUUCUCUAGCCUAGGUGGCUCUGUAAAAAUAGUUAGAUAAGUAACUUACAGUAAUGUCACUCAAUGCAUAAUGAUUACAUUCUUUAUUGACAGAUAUGGGAGAAAUUACCUCACCUUAAAGCUGUUGUUCAGUAUAAAGGCAACUUACAGGAGAAAACCCCAAAUGUAUACACGGUAUGUAAUUAUAUUUCACUGAUCUAAUGGUGAAGGAGAGUCAUGCACCAACUGUAUCACUAUAGCAUCUACUAUCUACAGUGUGUUCAGACCCACUUCAUUUUUUAUUGUUGUGGCUUUAAGAUACAAUGGUUUAAAUUGACCAGAUUUUACACACCAUUCUACAUAUAUUAAACAGAAGAAAUUGAAAUAACACAUUGACCUAGGUAUUCAGAGUCUCUUGACUCAGUACUUCGUUGAAGCUCGUUUGGCGGCAAUUACAGCUUCAUGUCUUUUUUUUGUUAUAGAAACAUAGACACAUAGAAUGUGACCGCAGAUAAGAACCAUUUGGCCCAUCUAGUCUGCCCAAUAUUUCGAAAUACUCUUAAUUAGUCCCUGUCCUUAUGACUUGACAAACUUUGCACAUCUGGAUUUGGAGGACAGGCAUUUUUGGUCUCUCCAGAGAUGUUUGAUUGGGAUCAAGUGCGGGCUCUUGGUGGACCACACAAGGACAUUUACAGAGUUGGCACUAAGCCACUCUUCCAUUGUCUUAGCUGAUUGCUUAGGGCCACUGUGCUGUUUAGGCAAACCCUUCAACCAAGUCUGCGGUCCUGAGCCCUCUGGAUCAGGAUUUCAGUAAGGAUAUCUCUGUAUUUGAUAACCAAUAAGUUCAGUUUAAAGCCAAUAGCCUAAGCGUAAAAAUAAAAAGAACCAUAGGUCUUUCUACCAGAGUCCUGGCAGGUGGGUUCUCCACCCACAUGAAAAACAGUAGUGCUGUAGCAACAACUGGUUCUAAAUAUAACAAAUAUCCUGACUCACAGUGGAAAUAACCAAAAGUUAAUUUAUUUUAAACCCUUUUUAUAUAAAUUCUAGAAAGGUUAUUUGUUGGAAAAGUCAAGAAAUUACAUAUUUUCUAAAUAUAGAAAUAUGUGUUAGAAUUAUAAAUCACAUGGGAUUGUUUUUCUUGGAUAGAAUGAAAGCUAUGAAUUUAUUUUCUGGAUUUUAGUCCUUAGAUUUUGGAACCAUUUCUACAAUCGAUACUGUAUUUCUAUAUUUUGUUGCAUUUAGCUGUUCCUCAACCCUGACAAUCUCUUAAUUCCUGUCAAUGAAGAGCACCCCAAAGCAGGAUGCUACCACCACCAUACUUCACUGUUAGAUGGUAUUGUGACCAUCCAGUUCUUCAUCACUUCUAUUACCAAGGUCCUUCUCCUCCGACUGUUCACUUUGCUUGGAUGGCCAGCUCUAGGGAGAGUUCUGUUUUUUUCCAAAUGUAUUCCAUUAAGAAUUAUGGAGGCCAGUGUGCUCUUGGGAACCUGUAGUUAAAUUAUUUUUGCAGCACUCCCCAGUCUUCGCACAACUUUUAUCUCUGAGAUAUGCAUGAAGAUGCUUUGAUUUUGAAUUUACAGCCUUGAGACCAUGUAUAGAAAGGGCACACUCAUAUCUUUUAAUACGGUGUUUCUAACUUUUUACAGAGAAGUAACCCUGCAGGUCUAAAAAAAAAUUAAAUACAUUCUAAGUACCCCUGCCGCGAGAAAAUCAUUUCUAUUGAGGUAAAUUCCAAGUGAAACGCGUAGACACUGAUUUUUGAGUUAAUGCAGAACAGGCCUGGUUAAAGGUGGUAAAGAAUAUUUUUAAAAUAAAUGACAUAAUGUGAAUAUAAUGGAGUGUAUGAACAGUUAAUCUGAAGUAUAAAAGUCACAAAAUGAAAAUAUAAUACAGACUUACCACCAAAUCAUGUCUAGUCAUUUAAAUUUGCCAUAGGUGGACAUUAAUCAAAGUGUAGAAACAUCUCCCAGAUGAUCCAGAUAAAUUAGAUGCAACUGAGCUAAAUUUCAAGUAAUAGCAAAGGGUCUGAAUACUUAUAUAAAUGUGAUAUUUCAGGUUUUAUUUUUCUUUAAAAAAAACUUGGCAACGUUUUAAAAAAAUUCUGGAUUUGCUUUGUCAUUAUGGGAUAUUAAGUGUGAACUGUCAACAAUUUUAGCAUAGAGUCUGAACGCACUGUUGCAUUAUUUUAAAGGGUUACUCCAAUUACCAUGACCACGUCAAUGAUUUAAAGUGUUCAUGGUGGUAAGUCUGUAUUAUAUUUUCAUUUUGUGACUUUUAUACUUCAGAUUAACUGUUCAUACACUCCAUUAUAUUCACAUUAUGUCAUAUUUAUUUUAAAAAUAUUCUUUACCACCUUUAACCAGGCUUGUUCUGCAUUAACUCAAAAAUCAGUGUCUACGCGUUUCGCUUGGAAUUUACCUCAAUAGAAAUGAUUUUCUCGAGGCAGGGGUACUUAGAAUUUAUUUAAUUUUUUUUAGACCUGCAGGGUUACUUCUCUGUAAAAAGUUAGAAACACUGUAUUAAAAGAUAUGAGUGUGCCUUUCCAGAAAAUAUUACAUUAUAAUAGAAUGCAUUCUCCUAAUGAAAACAUGCUAAUAACAGUACACGGAAAGAAACCAUAAACAAAUAGAAGAAAUAAAAUAAAAAGAUUGUAUUAGAAAUGGUAGGGGCUCAUGUGCUUGAAAUUAAGAAAUAGAACAAUAAUGUAGUUAUAUUUCUGUUUUAUGAGCUAUCAUAGUUACUGUGGAACAGACAGAGAGAGGCUUCACAAUAACCCUGAAACCAGAAUAAAGUCAAUAUCAAUGGGUGGGAACUCCUACAUUAUCUAUAUGGGGUUGUCGAGCAACAUAUGUAUUGCAUAUCCUGUUCUUGGCAGCACUUUUCAUGUACCAGCAUGUAACUAAGCGAAGUGAGUUCUUGGUAUGGUGUGAAUUACCUGGAAUUUAAAGUGAAUUUCACAUUCACAGUUUUAUUGAGUAACCUGGGAGGUAAAUCUAGCAUCACUAAUUCGGAGAGUGUUUAACCAGGCAAGCUUAAUUCUCUUUAGUACUGAGAUUGCAAGUUAUACAAAGAUAGUAGGUAAGUUCUGUAGCAACAUUUAUAAGACAGUCACUGUUUUAAUGUUCUAUAAUUUCUUUUUCUUUUAAGUUAUUUUUCAAUUUUUUUAGGAUUUUCUUUAAAAAAAAAAAGAAGCUAUUUUGCAGGCUUUCAACAGGUCAAGACUAGAAACCCUUAUCUUGGUAUUAUAAUCUGUUCUUUGCUUCAUUUUCUAUGAAUAAAUUAAUAAAGUUAAACACCGGCUUAACAGGUUAACCAUUUAUUUUUUUUCCUGGUCUCCUAGUGGGAAGAGUUCGUAGAAUUGGGGAAAGAUAUUGCUGAAAGUCAGCUGGAUGACCUCAUAAGCUCCCAGAAACCCAAUCAAUGCUGUGUCCUUAUUUACACGUCUGGUACCACUGGAAACCCAAAGGGUGUAAUGCUGAGCCACGAUAAUGUAAGUUGCCCACGUGAGUUCAUCGAGAUUGAAUGUCAAACAUGAGCAUUUCACCCCCUCCAAUAACAAGCUGCUUAGUUUGUAAAUACUUUCAAUGCAAUACACUAUCAAGCUUGGUCUACAGAUGGGAAUCCUGGACCCUGAAGAUCAAAUUACAGAGUAUUGUUAACUAUUAAACUGGGUAACUGUAACCGUUAACACCGGGGUUUGAGCUCUGAUGAACUCAGCAAUUCUCAGCUCGGCCUAGUCUUAAGACAUUUCUAUUGAGCAGAGUAGUAAAACUCAAAAUGUAAAUCGAUAUUUGUCUGUACAAUUUCUCCUUUGACCAGCUCACGAGGGCUCAGAAGAUGAUUCAUGAGCAACUCAAAUUAUAAACCCAAUGUACCAACCAAGGUGGCAGCAAAGAAAAUAUUCAAACGGCUUGACCAAGCAAAUGGAGGAGUUAAUUAUAGCUAAAUUUCCAACAUUGCUUAGGCACCUCCUCAGUGAUAUUAACCAUUUUACCACAUGGGAGGUGUCAUAAAAGGGGAACACACAUUCUUAAUAAGGAUGGUGAGGUUCACACUACACAUUUUAUUUUUUUAUUUUUAAUGGAUUCCUAUCCUCUCAGUGACUGAGGUCUAUUACUGGUUACCUGGGAAUCAUGACUACAUCUGGCAGGGUGUAUAUUAUUACAAUAACUAGUCACCUUAAUUAGUUAUUAUUAAUCUAUAUGGCUAUUGGAAGCCACUGUGAUGAAAUUACAGGAUGUGUUCCUGAACAAGUUUGUUAUUGGACUCCGGAAUUAACUUGGGAACAAGUAGGAAGUUGGAAUGCAAAUUAAAUCACUUUUACUGCAACUUUUUCUAGCUUACCUAUCUGGGGUGAAAUGGCUAUUCACUGUAUCCUUUUUUGAAUUUAUUGAAUUGUAUCCUUUGCCUUAAUAUAGUAUGGCCUAAUGAUGCAUCUCUUCAACAGAUCACCUGGACAGCAGCCCAGGCCAGCCGUGCUGGGAACAUGAUUCCUGCCGAACUUCAACAGGAAGUAAUUGUUAGUUAUCUACCUCUCAGCCAUAUUGCUGCCCAAAUAUAUGAUUUGUGGACUGGUAUUAAAUGGGGCGAACACGUCUUCUUUGCACAGCCCGAUGCUUUAAAGGUCUGUAUAGCUGGUUUAAUAUAAAUUCAUUAAGUACAAGGUUAUAAUGUUAAAAUUAAAUUGUUACGUUAUUAUAGGUUAUAUUUGUGGUCAGGGACAAUAAGCAGAGUUAUAGUAGUGGUGGUGUGCCGAAACCGACGUUCGGGUAGGCCGGUUAACCCUUCCCACAACUUCAGGCUCCGCCUACAGGCUCAGCCUUCUCAUUUAUUUUAUCGCAACUUACGCCUGAUGUGGUAAAGGUUGGUAUUUAGAAGGCUGGUCAUAAGUCUGGCUAAUAUGAAAUUGUAUAUUAACCUUCCAAAUGUACUACUCCAUCCUUUGUCCUAUGUGCUACAUGUAAAAUAUGAAUUGGACAGGACUAUUCACUAGCAAGGCCUGUCUUGUUGUUUUGCAUGGAAUGUAACUAUUAUGCAGCUCCGUGUAGUAUUCCCUAUAUAUCAAUUCCUUUCAUGUGCAAUUGUAACGGAUCGCCUGGCACCCCGACUGGGUACCUCCGUUAAAGGAUGCUCCUAGCGCUUCCUGAGGACUCCAAGCACUGCAGCAGACACCACAACCACCGAACCGGAGAAGCAUAUGAAUCCUCUCAAGCAUAUGAAUGCUGUAGACAGUUGAAUAGGAACCAUACGAAUAGGUUUACUCUCCUAGCAGUCAAACUGGAACAGCAUACAAUAAAUCCUUCCCCAAUAAUGAGACGACACUUCACUUUGAGGGUUAAAACAGGAACUCCCUGUACUGUCACAUACAGUCUCUUUUAUUCCCAAUCCACAAACAUGGUACAGCCCACAGGGCGUUACAAAACAACCAAUCACAUCACAGUUACAUCCCACAUAUUCCCUCCCAUUAUCCUGAGAGGAAACUCAAUUAUACAUACAGUUAAAACAUACUUUCUACCCAACUUUCAUAACUCUAAAACCAUACAUCACAUUCACAUAAAAUUACAUAUGCACAAUCAAUCCAUUCAGGGGAACAACAUAUUCAAAAUGGCACAAAUCAGACAAGGGGUUCAAAAGUUAGUAAAAAGUCCUUUGUGACUAAAUGAAGCAUGGCUUUCUGGCCCAAACCAGUUUCAGAGUCUUCUAUCCUGGAGAUAAGUAAUUCAAUUAUCUCCCAGGACAGACACAAGACUCCAUUAAGCACAUAGUUGCAAAAAGACACAAAACACUUUAAAAUACAUAAAGUCACAUUUACACAUAACACACAGACAUUUCACAUAUCCCCAGAUAGCUGGGAUCUGAGUGCACAUUAUUAGAUGAAUGGCACUCAGAUCGCACAAAUAAGCCUUUCUGCAGGGGAAAUAAACGGUUUAACCUGCAGGGCCAUAGUCCAAAGGGAGCAGGCGAGCAACCAGGCUUCUCCAGUUCACAGUGGCGAGGUUGGUUUCGCCACAGCAAUGUUAUAGAAUAAGCUGUUAGCAGGAGAAAUCCUAGAUCAGGCAUAGGCAACCUUCGGCACUCCAGGUGUUGUGGACUACAUCCCCCAUAAUGCUCUUACACCCAUAAUGCUGGCAAAGCAUCAUGGUAGGUGUAGUCCAAAACAUCUGGAGUGCCAAAGGUUGCCUAUGCUUGUCCUAGAUCCUAAUUUCCCCUUUACUCUGCAAUCCUGUUUUUAAGUCCCUAGAAUUCAAUGUUUGACAGGCAAAUUAGGUGCCGCUGGUGACAUUUUAAGAUGAGUCACUAGUUUCAAUUUUUUAUAUAUAUAUAUAUAUAAAAUUUAUAAACGCAACACGAUCAUUUUUCAUGAGCUGAACUCAAAGAUCUAAGACUUUUUUCUAUAUACACAAAAGGCCUAUUUCUCUCAAAUAUUAUUCACAAAUCUGUCUAAAUCUGUGUUAGUGAGCACUUUUCCUUUGCUGAGAUAAUCCAUCCAUCUCACAGGUGUGGCAUAUCAACAGACAAAAAGAUAGAAAAAAUAUAACUAUCGCCAUUAACUGGAUAGUGUAUACAAAAUAAAAUGUGUAUUUAUCUUAAUAUUCAAAUGGAACAGCCUCCCAGGUCAUUACCCAGAAUAAAUGACCUUUACACAGCAAAAUAUAGGACAACUAGAAAUAUUCUAGGCUGGGAACUCUAAAAUUGAAAGAUAUACAUAGUGUAAAUCAAUUACAAAAAAUGAAGUAAUUAGACGAGAAAUAGCGCUCCAAGGUGCCUCACCUGUAGAUGGUGGGCAGGGCCGGACUGGCCCACCGGGAUACCGGGAAAUUUCCCGGUGGGCCGUCGGCACCCGGGGCCGGGCAGAUACCUGGGCCUGCUGGCGGCCGCUGGGGGAGCUGUGCUGGCUCUGCUCCCCAGCGCGCAGCUUAAUGAGACCGGUGCCGGAAUAUGACGUCAUAUUCCGGCCCCGGUCUCAUUCAGCAGCGCGCAAGGGCGGGAGAGCCGAGCCAGCGCAGCGGCCGCCAGAAGACCUCCCCCUGGCAGUUAUUAGUAAUGUGUGUCUGUGUGAGUUUGUCUGUUUGUUAUGGUGUCUGUCUGUUAUGGUGUCUGUCUCUGUCUGUCUGUUAUGGUGUCUGUCUGUCUGUUAUGGUGUCUAUCUCUGUCUGUCUAUCCGUCCGUCAUGGUGUGUGUGUGUUUCUGUCUGUCUGUCCGUCAUGGUGUGUGUGUGUGUCUGUCUGUCUUUCCGUCCGUCAUGGUGUGUGUGUGUGUUUCUGUCUGUCUGUGUCAUGGUGUGUUUCUGUAUCUGUCACCAUGUAUGUGUGUGUUUAAAAAUAGUGUUUUUGCUUACCUUUUUUUUUUUUUUUUUCCCCCACGCAGCGUGCUGGUCUCUCCUCGACUGGCCCUGCCUCUAUAGCUGAGAUCAUCAAGCUUGAUGAUCUCAGCCAAUCCAAUGCUUUGCCAUAGGAUUGGCUGCAAAACGCCACUCCAAUCAGCAUCUCCUCAUAGAGAUGCAUUGAAUCAAUGUAUCUCUAUGGGGAACGUUCAGCACCUACAGAGUGUGGAGACCCUGAAUGUAGGUGCACUGACACAGGAAGCGCCUCUAGUGACCGUCUGAGGGACUGUCACUAGCGGUGUCACUUUGAAGCAAUGUAAACACUGCCUUUUCUCUGAAAAGUCAGUGUUUACAUUGAAAAGCCUGUAGGGACAUGCUAUGGACACCAGUACCACUAUAUUAAGCUGUGUGUGUGCGUCUGCUAGUGAGUGAGCUUGUGUUUUUAUGCCAAUGAGCUGAUGUAUAUCAGUAAGAUUGUUUGUUUGUCUAUGAGGCUGUGUCUGCAUGUGAGUAUGCUUACUGUAUAAUUAAAUGUUUAACCCUGAACGGAUAUAUAUAUAUAUAUAUAUAUAUAUAUAUAUAUAUAUAUAUAUUUAUUUUUUACUCAAUCAUCUGUCCUGGCAAGACAUAGCCUUGCAUAUUACACGCGACAAUAAGUCAUAUUACAGUGACUUAUGGGGCUGGCACAAAUUUUUUUUCCAGGGCUGCUUUGUAUCCCCAGUCCGGCCCUGCUGAGAUUAAUCAGACAUUUGUAAAAUGUGACCGAAAUCUUCGGUGUUCGAUAUAUUCCUUUUCACCCACAACUCCCCACACAGAAAAUCAUACCCACAGAUACAUAGAAACCUACAUACAGACACACAGGAGUACCCACACUCAGCAUGCCAGAUAUACCCAAAUCUGUUAAUCCCUACAAUAAACAUAUAACGUUUAUUAAAAUCUUUCUCUGUGUGAAUGAGAUGGGUGUAAAGCGCCAUCUAGUGGCCCAUUUAUAAAAUUACACUACAGUAGCAGUCAGUUUAAAAACAUAUUUCAAAAGCAUACACAAAAAAAACAUACAAUUAAAGUUUUGCUGUGGGGGAAAUAAUAAUAAUAAUAAUAAUAAUAAAAUAUAUAUAUCCUGUCCUGACUUUGUUCUUUGGCGUCAAAAAAAGCAUAGCUUAACUGCAACAUUAUUAUAAUUAUGGAUGAUUCACAGGCAGCCUGGAGUAUAUUCAUAGAAACAUAGAAUGUGACGGCAGAUCAGAACCAUUCGGCCCAUCUAGUCUGCCCAAUUUUGUAAAUACUUUCAUUAGUCCCUGGCCUUAUCUUAUAGUUAGGAUAGCCUUAUGCCUAUCCCACGCAUGCUUAAACUCCUUUACUGUGUUAACCUCUACCACUUCAGCUGGAAGGCUAUUCCAUGCAUCCACUACCCUCUCAGUAAAGUAAUACUUCCUGAUAUUAUUUUUAAACCUUUGUCCCUCUAAUUUAAGACUAUGUCCUCUUGUUGUGGUAGUUUUUCUUCUUUAACUCCUUAAGGACGGAGCCAAAUGUACGCGUUGUGAACAAAACAAAACGUAAACAAAACCUGGCAUUUGCGCUACAUGUCUGUCCAACUGUAAUUCACUUCUUUCAUAUUAAAUGCACCCACCCUUAUUAUAUAUCAUUUUAUUCAGGGGAAACAGGGCUUUUAUUUAAUAUCAAAUAUUUAGCUAUGAAACAUAAUUUAAUAUGAAAAAAAUUAGAGAAAAUAAGAAAUUUUGUGGUGUGUUUUUUUUGUUUGUUUUUUUUACAUGACAUUUUAACGGUCAAUGUCAUAAUACUGUUUGCUUUACUGCAAUAAAAUACACAUAUUUGUAUUCAGCAAAGUCUCACGUGUAAACCCGUACCCCCUAUGUACAGGUUUUAUGGCGUUUUGGGAAGUUACAGGGUCAAAUAUAGAUUUGAAAUUGAAAUUCGUCAGAUUGGUUACGUUGCCUUUUAGACUGUAUAGUAGCCCAGGAAUGAAAUUUACACCCAUAAUGGCAUACCAUUUGCAAUAGUAGACAACCCAAAGUAUUGCAAAUGGGGUAUGUCCAGUCUUUUUUAGUAGCCAUUUGGUCACAAACACUGGCCAAAGUUAGCGUUAAUAUUUAUUUGUGUGUGAAAAAUGCAAAAAGCGCCAAUUUUGGCCAGUGUUUGUGUCUAAGUGGCUACUAAAAAAGACUGGACAUACCCCAUUUGCAAUACCUUGGGUUGUCUACUAUUGCAAAUGGCAUGCCAUCAUAGGGGUAAUUUUCAUUCUUGGGCUACCAUAGGGUCUCAAAGGCAACGUAACAAAUCUGGCGAAUUUUAAUGUGAAAAAAAUGAAACACAAGCCUUAUAUUUGACGCUGUAACUUUAAAAAAAAAAAAACACCAUACAACCUGUACAUGAGGGGUACUGUUGUACUCGGGAGACUUCGCUGAACACAAAUAUUUGUGUUUCAAAACAAUAAAAAGUAUCACAGCAAUAAUAUCGUGUGUGUGUGUGUGUGUGUGUGUGUGUGUGUGUAUAUGUAUGUAUGUGUGUGUGUAUGUGUGUGUGUAUGUGUGUGUGUAUAUAUGUAUGUAUAUAUAUGUAUAUAUAUGUAUAUAUAUACACACAAUGAUCUAAGUAAAGAAUUUUAUUUUAUUUUUACACUGAUUUUAACAUUAUUUGAUUUCCAGCCAGCAGGGGGACUGUCAUUACAGGCAGUCGCCCUGCUGGCAAUGCAGCAGCCAGCUAACCCAGCCAUGUGAUUUGUGAGGUCCUCGCAAGGACCUUACUCUCUCAUUGCUGCGGGGGACUCCCUGGGAUCCCAGGUGAGUCUCCCCAACCGCGAUCACCGGUGACCGGGCAAGUAAGAAAAACCACAGGGCGUACUAUUAUGCCCUGCGGCGUUUAGAGCCGCUUAGAAUAGGGAAUAAUAGUAUAGAAUAAUAGUACGCCCUCUGGUUUUAAGGGGUUAAAUAUAGUCUCCUCCUUUACUGUGUUGAUUCUCUUUGUGUUUAAAUGUUUCUAUCAUAUCCCGCCUGUCUCGUCUUUCCUCCAAGCUAUACAAGAUCCUUAAACCUUUCUUUUUACGUUUUAUGCUGCAAUUCAUGAAUCAGUUUAGUAGCCCUUCUCUGAAUUCUCUCUAAAGUAUCAAUAUCCUUCUGGAGAUACGGUCUCCAGUACUGCGUACAAUACUCCAAGUGAGGUCUCACCAGUGUUCUGUACAAUGGCAUGAGCACUUCCCUCUUUCUACUGCUAAUACCUCUCCCUAUACAACCAAGCAUUCUGUAAGUCCAAAGUAGCUGCUGCAAGCAACAGUUUAAUAAACUUACUGAAAUGUUGUUUCCAUGGAGGAAAUUAGAUUCUGAAAAGGCAGGACUCUCACUCCCUGUUGGGGAUGUAUUCAGUCCCUGAUGAUAAGCCUAUUUUAGGGAUUCAAGGCUCUGAUGUCUCAAUGCAAUGUCUCCACUCUAAAAGGACAGAUAUAGGUUUGCAGGUUUUCUUUUUUUUUUUUUAAACAUGUUUUGACUUGAUGUUAUACAAUUAAGUGUUUCUUCCACUAAUGCUAUUAAAAGCUCAUAUUUUAUUUUCAUUUUCUCUGUCUCCAGCUGAGAGCAUCAAUGAUUAUUUCAGUGGGUGUUACGCUUGCUGUAAGACACAGCUCUCCUGCAUACCCCAGAUUAAAAGACGCCAACACUUUAUGUUGGCAUUAUGGUAUGCAAAUAACGUAUCUGUUCUCUCUCACUCUUUCCGUUUUCAUAUUGCCUGUCCAAUGGUCCUGCAAUAAUUCAUUCCACCUUUCUCUACAAAUAGUACAAACAGGUUGAACCAAUUUAGAAAAGAUUAUAAAUAAUAAAACAAAAUACUGGAUGAAAAGGGAAUAAAAUGAGCAUACUAUAAAAUAUAUAAAGUAAAAUACAAUAAAAUAAGUUUAUAUAAAUUCUUUAUUUUUUUUAUUUUACAUUAUUUGAUAUAUUUUAUAGUAUCUACUAUAUUAACUUUUUUUACAGUAUUGUUUUAUUAGCUUUUUCUAAAUUGGCACAACCAGUUUGUACUUUUUAAUUAUAUUUCAAGCGCUAAUGCAUUAUAGAUUAAUAUAUAUUGCUUACAGUUAUGUGGUGGAAUACUGCUGCCCCUAAUGACACUAUGGACAAGCGUCCACUGGAUAAACCCCUUUGUUAAUAUACCAUUUUUGUUGCUGUGACAGGGGACGCUUGUGGACACACUGAGAGAUGUACAGCCUACAUCACACAUGGGAGUCCCAAGAGUGUGGGAGAAAGUCAUGGAACGCAUUAAGGAUGUGUCGAGUCAGGCUGGGGUUUUUCGGAGGAAGAUGUUGUCCUGGGCAAUGUCGGUCAGCUUUGAAAGGAACCGGAGUCCUGCAAGGAAGUACACAGUCUAUAUAUUCUGCUAUCAUUAAUUUAAGACCUUCUCCACCCAGGGUUGGAAAAGCAAGCCAUAAAUUCUAAUCUGUUAAUAGCCCUAUUAACUUGUAAAACACAUUCUAUUUCAUCUGAACACACAAGAGUAGGUUUAGCUGUCCUUUCCACUGGAAGUUUUUUUUUAUAGUGUCUGCUUCUGUAAAUAAAUGUGGCACAUAUAGUAAAACAAAUCUACCUAAAACAAGUGAUUGUCCACCGCCAAUCAGAACCUUAUAUUCAGGCAGAUUAGGUGAUUAACUUUAACGUUCCAUCACACAAGGAAAAGGGAAUGGUUAUUUGACUUAUGUGGUUCUGUAGAGUUAUACAAGUUAGUUAUGAAGUUAGCGUUCACUAUUAAUAAAAAAAAAAAAAAAAAAAAAAUUUGGCUUCCAAAAUAGGCAAUUCUUGCACUAGUAUAUUAUGAAGAAUAAGUAUACCAUUAAAUAAGUGAAUAAGCAAUGUAAUUAUAUCUGUACGUAUGCUAAAAAUAUAUAAUUUUUUCAUGCGGCAACUACCACGGGAAGAAAACCUCAUUGCUCAGGUAGGACAGGUGUCAUUUUGUUUUAUAAUUCCAAGGUAUUGAAUAUGAAUGGGUGGAUUUUUAUUGUGGUCACAGAUGUUCAUGCCAACUGCAAAGAAAUUGAUUUUGUAGUAAUUAUAAAUAGAUAAUCAAAGUUAGAAGGGUGAUCUAGAAAAAAUAUCUAAUGUAUGCCUUUUGGUAUACAAACUGGAUGAUGGUUUGAGUUGGGAUUUAAAGAUAUAAGUAUAAGACUACAACUUUUACUAGGGUAUGAAAAGACACACAUGAGAAAAAGAAAAGAAUAAAAUAAUGAUAAAGAGAAGAAUAAACAAGAUAAAGCGUAAAUAAAAAGAAACAAAGUACCUCCUGACAUCUGAUUGAAAUAAGGAAUCAAUCCAGGAACAGAAACAGGAACACACCAUAAAAGGAUAGAGAAAGCUCUAAGGGUUGAUCACCAAAGUUUGGCAGCAUUUCUCUUGUGGUUGGCGAAGUUAAUUGCCUAUGGUGGUAUACUUAUAGAGUAUGGCAGGUAUGCCAUCAUCACGUCUUAAUGGUACCUGUUGUAUGUGGGAAUAAAAUAAUUCUGCCCGUGACGAAGUCCACGUUGACCCAAGUAUACUGAACUCACUUCUCUGCAGAUAAAGUAGUUUAUUAGAAAGAUUUAAACAGUUUGUGAUUAGGUAUACUGUACUGGUUUAUAAUAUACUGCCAUCUGUUUGUUCUAGUGGUGAACAGAAGCCCUUUCUCUCAACGUUGGCUGAUUUCCUGGUCCUGUCGAAGAUUCGCAAGGCCUUGGGAUUCUCUCGCUGCGAAAAGCAUUUCUCAGGAGCAGCUCCAAUAUCUGCUGAAACAUUGGAGUUUUUCUUAGGGCUCAAUAUCACACUGUACGAAGCAUAUGGCAUGUCUGAGACAACAGGACCACACUUUAUGUCUGGACCAAACACCCAUAGAUUUAAAUGGUACUAUUAAAAUCAUGCCAUUAUCCUGUGUAAUGGAAUAACCACAAACUCUUUUAGCAUCUUCUCCUUAGUUGUGACACAUCCAUACAUAUCACCGUCAUUGAUUCACUUUUAAUACCAGUAUGGGUUGAACCUAAUUUCACGUUGGAUGUUAGUUGGAUGCUUAGUAGCUUGCUUUUUUUUUGUUCCCAGAGAACGCAGAUUAAUACCACUAUAGAUAUCCGUAUACUAGAUCACUCUUACAUAGAAACCUAGAAUGUGACGGCAGAUAAGAACCAUUUGGCCUAUCUAAUCUGCCCAACUCUUGUCCCUGAGGCAAAUCUUUUUAAGCCUACUAGGCUAUUCACUGUGAUACAUAACUGUUAAUCUAUCUAGAAUUUUAAAGUAGAACUCUAUAAAGUUUACACCUAAUAUCUCCUAUUUUCUCUUCUAAUCCUACAACCAUAAAAAAAAAAAAUAGUUUAAAUGAUCUCCAUUGAAACAGUUUGUACAUGUUCUCCACUUUCCACUUCUGAUCGUGAAGUCCUUCCUACAGUUGUGGUAAGGCUGUCCCAGGGUGCCGGGUGAAACUAGUGGAUAAAGAUGACCAUGGGAAUGGUGAAAUCUGUUUCUGGGGUCGGAACGUCUUCAUGGGAUAUCUAAACAUGGAGGACAGGACAAGAGAAGUUUUUGAUGACGAGGGCUGGUUACACUCUGGAGAUAUUGGGAAGUUGGAUGAUGAUGGGUUUCUGCAGGUGACGGGAAGGAUAAAAGGUACAAUCUCAAAAUUGGCUUUCAGCUUUUAUUUAAAACCUGCUUCUAUGCUUUAGGUUGGGGUAACUUGAUGGUAUUUAUGUGGUGGUAGUAUAUUUGAUGUGUUUAAGCACUCGCAGUUUACAAAUCAUAAUUUAUAUGGUGCCAUCAUUUUAAACAGUGUCUGAUAUAGUAUUUAGAGGGCAUUAGAAACUGCAAUUAACAGACUGGAACUGAUAUAUCUGGUAGAGAGAAGGCAGCAUGCACAUUGAACUUUAUAUCAUGGUAACAUAAUACCACUGACUGAUUGUAGAGUCAUCAUAAUCUACGAUACCAGAGGUUAUGCAUCUGUAAUUCACAAAACUCUGAGGAUAAAAUAGUCAAGAUGUGACUAUAGCGUAGUUAAAGCUUUUUUACAAAUCAGCUGUUUGUUCAUUUAUUUGCUAGUUUUGCAUUUUAAUUUAUUUGUCACGAAAAUGUGUUGGUUUAGGGUAUAUUGGAUGACGCCAAGCAGCAUUCCACUGUAUAAUAUAAAUAUAUAUAAAUCUUUAUAGUGUUUGCAAACCUCCUUCAUUAAGCUAUGGUUGUUUUGGUGACUAUAGUGCCCCUUUAAUGUAUGCACACAGCUCAGCCAUUGCCAGUAAUGCAUGAUCUGAACUACAAAGGCAAACUGUAUUAGAAGGAGAGGACAGACAUAUACAGGAUUAUUUACAAAAGUGAGAAUUCAAAGUGAAUUUAAGAUCAGAGUAGCCAAGCUGAAGGCAUAGCUGAGUUAAAGCAUGUCUCCACUUUGGCUACUUAACCCCUUCCCAACCAGUGACGUACCAGGUACGUCCGCCAAAAAGCAACCAUGGACGUACCUUGUACGUCAUUUAGUAGAUCGGGACUUACCUGAUCGCUGGCGAUUCCUUGCCGGCAAUCACAACCCUGGGGUCUGGUUGGGAGAUCAGGCAGACCACCACUGCCCGAUAUGGCCCUCCUGGGCCAUGUGAUCGUGGGGCCCUCGCCCUAUAUUUGACCCCUUUAAGUUUGCAAAACCACAUAAAACCUGUACAUUGGAGGCACUGUUGUACUCGGGAGAUAUUGCAGAACACAUAUUGGGGUGUUCUUUGGCACUAACACAUAACAGGAACCGAGAAUCCAUGCCUAAAUUACAAUGUGAGAGAAAAAAAAACACAUAAAAAUUACUACCUAACAGUUUGACAAAGACUGGUGGUAGAAUUAGUGCAUGGAAAGUGUUAAAAUACCACCAUUUGAAAUACUGUAGGGUGUCUACUUUUCAAAAAUAUAUGGUUUGAUGGGGGUCAGUUACAUUGGCUGGCUUCAAAAAUGUCCCAAAUAGGACAUGGGUGUAUGAUGACCAGCUGUAAAAAUUCCAAGUUGGAAAACUGGAAUGUGCACCCUCCAAAUAAGGUCUUUUAGCCUGCAGAGAACUCAACACACCUAGACAUGGGUGGUAUCACUAUACUCAGGAGAUGUUGAUGAACACUUAUCGGGGUGUUCUUUGGCAGUAACCCUUAAAGUUCUCAGCACAUGUAUUCUUAAAUUGCUAUGUGUGUCAAAAAAAAAAAUCACCAAUUUUUUUUGAUUUUUUUUUUUUUUAAAUUUGGCAUAGAUUGGUGGUAAAACGGUUGCAUGAAAAGAGUAAAAAUACCCCAAGUUUAAUACAUUAGGUUGUCUUUGUUUAAAAAAUAUUUACAUGUGAAGGGUUAUUCAGGGAUUCCUGACAGAUAUCAGUGUUACAAUGUAACUUGCGUUAAUUGUGGGAAAAAAUGGUUUGGAAAUAGCUACUUGUACUUAUUGCCCUAUAAUUUGCAAAAAAUCUAAGGACAUGUUAACAUUGGGUAUUUCUAAACUCAGGACAAAAUUUAGAAACUAUUUAGCACAAGUGUUUUGUGGCGGUUGUAGAUUUGUAACUGAUUUUGGGGGGUCAAAGUUAGAAAAGGUGUGUUUUUUUUUUUUGUUUUGUUUUUUUUUUCAUCAUAUUGUAUUCAUCAUUUGUUUUAUAGUAAAUUAUAUGAUUAAAAUAAUGGUAUCUUUAGAAAGACCAUUUAAUGGAGAGUAAAAACUGUAUAUAAUAUGUGUGGGUACAGUAAAUAAGUAAGAGGAAAUUAUAGCUAAACACAAACACCGCAGAAAUGUAAAAACAGUCCUGGUCCUUAAUGGUAAGAAAAUUGAAAAACGGUUUGGUCACUAAGGGGUUAAACCUUAAAUCUCUUUUGCGUUCACUUUGAAUUCUCACUUUAGUGAAUAACCCUGAUAGUAAGGGUAUCAUUACCUGUUUGUAGUAUUCUUGACUGUCUGCAGACACAUUAUGAAUUAAAAGUAGCUCAUUCAAUACUGUCAGGGGCUCAGACUGCAGACAUACAUUUGAUAAGGAGGUAUUUUUCUGGAGUGAGGGGGUGUGGCUAAGGAGGCAGGCUUAUGGUGAAACAUUUAGCAAAACAUUUAUUUUAUGCAAAAAACUGUAAAGAUUUGAGCAUGCAAAAAAUGACAGCAUGUUAAUAAGACCAAAAUCUAUCAAAUGCACUAUAGUUGAAUUGGUGCCCGGAAUGUCCCUUUAAGUAGAAAGUGUUAACGGGACACCUAUAUAAUGGAAAACCGAAUAUAGAACACUCUAUAGAGAAGAUAUGUAUGACCUGACAUGGAGCAACAGAAAAAGGGUAACUGAAGGAAAUGUGGAUAAGAGAAUCAUGUUUACAUCAUGAUUGGCAUAUAUCAUGAUUAUUUACCAUGGUGAGUUCAAAGUGAAUUUCAAACUUAAGAUCAAUAUAACCGAACUGGAAAAAUUCUCCAAGUCCGCAAUACGUUCAGUUUGGCUACUCUGGCCUUAAAUUUUAAAUUCACCUUGAAAUCUCACUUUAGUAAAUAUCCCUGUAUGAGAUGGAUAUAAACAAGGUUUAUGUUCUAAAAUGAAAGGGAAGGAGGGUCAGUACACCUAAUGUACCUAUAAAUGUUUGUUCAUUUAUCUGUCGAUCACUGUGCUGUGUUUCAGAGUUGUAUAAUAGCAAUAUAGAAGUAUAACAUGCAUUUUUCUGUUUUUUUUUUUUUUUCUCUUUUCGAGCAGAGUUGAUUAUCACGGCAGGAGGUGAGAAUGUUCCUCCCGUUGCCUUGGAAGAUGCUGUAAAGAGACAUUUGCCUAUAGUCAGUAAUGCUGUAUUAAUUGGGGACAGGAGAAAAUUUUUAUCAAUGCUGCUCACCCUCAAGGUAUGUUCCAUAACUUACCCACUACACGUGUUCUCUGGCAAAUUAUGUGAAUAAGCGUUCUCUUUGCAGAGUGCCGUGGAACCGGAAACCUUGGAGCCAAUGGAUAACCUAACUCAGGAAGCUGUACUCUUCUGUCACAAUGCUGGUAGUAAGGCCACGACGGUGUCUGAAAUCGUGGGACAGAAAGACCAGGCGGUGUAUAAAGCUAUUCAAGAUGGAAUAGAUAGGGUGAACAAAGAGGCGGUGUCCAAUGCUCAACGCAUCCAGAAAUGGGCAAUCUUAGCCAAGGAUUUCUCAAUAUCUGGCGGUGAGAUGGGUAAGAAAAACUCUGAUUUAAAUUAUUGCUCAGGCUGUGAUAUUCAGGAGUAUGAGUUAGAUCAGGGCUGCCCAGAUGUUGUAGAACUAGAAAUCCCAUGAUGCUUUGCAUGCCUUUAGAAUGUCUUUAGAAUGACAGAGCAUCAUGGAAGCUGUAGUUUUUAAAACAUCUGGGGAUCUACCAUUUAGAAACUCCUGAGUUAGAUUAUAUUGUUGUAGGGUUUUCAUACAUGUGAUAUCUGGUAAGUCGCUUGAGAACCCAUAGAUAUGUGCACUGCGGGCACAAAGGAAUCCUAACUCUGUAUUGUGUAGUACAAAUUUUAUCCCACAGUAACCAAACUGAAGGCAUAACUGUAGCGGACCAUGGGUAACCCGACCGGUUACCUCCGCUAUUAGUAAGUGAAGAGACCCAUUUUCUCCCAGUAACUUUGACACACCGUUCCAGGGGUACAACAACAAGCUUUAUUGGCCACACUCGACUUUAUACUAUGCAAGGGGGUGGAACACCGGUAAUAGACAAUGUCCCAUCCCAGGAGUCAUAUAUUGGAACUGGAACCCUAGUCCUUUUGUCCCCUGUUCCCGCCACUUCAUGUCCCCUCCCAGGGUCCUCCCUCUACCAGGGGCCUGUGCGUGUGACAGGAACUCCAAUCCCUUUGUCCCUGGUUUCCGCCACACAAAUACAAAGUUUUCCCACUUCUACCCAAUUUUCUCUGUACCUGGGAGUCCUGGCAUGGGAAAGAGUCUCGCCUUCUGGACUUCCUCUCGUGGGGUCCCUGGGUACGAAUGCUCCCCCUGGCCGGCGUUCAACUAUAUGAGCGGUUGCCACCCAGGGAAACACUCAUUAAUUACUUCCCUUGCGGUUUCUCACUUAUGUUGCAAGUUGCCAAUGUUCUAAUUGAUUGGUGUGAACACUAAACGAGGUGGGACUAAACGAGGUGGGAAGCAAUCAGCGAAUGGUCCCCCUGGAUGGCGUUCGUCUUACGAACGGGCCGCCACCCCGGAUCGGCACGCGCCGGGGCUUCCCUUGCGGUUUGUGGUUUUCAAACCUCAUUAGCAAGGUGUAAACAUUCUAAAUGGGGUAUUGGGGUUGCCCCCGUUCGGGAGAUGAACGGGUUGCGUUCAUACACGGUCUCCCGAACAGAGAGCAGGUAAAACACACAAGUAAUCACUAAUACAUGGGGAACAUAGGCAAAUACAAUACCACACUUCAUGGUUUAGCGGUGAUCCCGCUACAAUUGCUGACUUUGAAUUCCCAACAAUUUAGUUAUUAUUAUUAGACUUUAUAUAGCACAAACAUAUUCUGCAACCUUUAAAAUGUUACAAGGGAGGGAGUUUUACAAUAAAUGAGAAAAUGGUUUAGUGAAACAUAUUGCUAAUACACUCCAAAUUAAAUAUUGUUAAUACACUCAAAAAAAAUGCUAAUACACUCCAAGCAGAAAAAACAAUAAAGGACAACAAAGGACAUAUUUGUAAUUUUAUGCUCACACUGUAUGUUUUUUCCACAAUGUAGAGAAAGUACAGAGUGGGUGUUCAGAAAUUAAUUUAUGGUGCAUACAAAAUAAGGACUUCGCAAUUUUCAUUAAAAAAAAGUAAUAUAAGGUAAAAAAUACACACAAAAAAAAGGAUUAACGAUCACAACAUUAAACCUUUUUACACCAAGCAUGUCAAAUUCAAAAGCUAGCACGGGUCACAUAAACAAGAUUUAAGUUUACGUGGGCUGCAGAAAAAAAAAAAAACUUAAAUUUUCAUAAAAACGUAGGUUUGUUUUGAAAAGUACCGUAUAAAAAAAAAUCAGCGUCCCACUCUACUAAACCCCAGUACCCCCUCUGUACUAAAUCCCAAUCUCCCCCCCUCCCCCCUCCCCACUCUCUAUACUAAAUCCCAGUCCCCUCUCUACUAUACCCCGGCCCUUGUUUAAAAAAAAAAAAAAAAAUACAGUAUUAGCCAACAAGCAGACCCAACACUCACAUUGCUGCUGCCAGUAUGCGACUCUGGAGUCCAUCCUCUGGUAUACCUCCAAUGGCGCCGUCUGCACCCUAUGCCAAAACGGAUCCUCCCGCUACUCCUUGAAAACCUGUAAAGGUGGAGAGCGUUGAUGUCACGUCGAAAUGUGACGUGGCAUUGCGUGCCUCCGUGCUCCUCCAGUUCCUCCACUGUCCAGCCGCAGCCAUCGCAACACUGACCAACACACACACACCUCAAUGUAUUUGUUUCGAUUAGAAGGCUUGUUUACAAAACUUUUUUUUUUUUAACUUUUUUUUUGUCAAUGUGUGCACUACAUCAAAAAAUCCAUUUUUAGUAGUGUUCCCAGUUUUUGGUCGAAUUUUUAUUUAUUUUUUAUUCUGAAUUUUCACAAAUUCUUGGCUUAGUAAAUAAACCUUUAGGAACCACCUGUCGCAUAUUUGUUUCUACUCAAACCUGUCAGUGUUUUCUUUCUCACGAUGUGUAUCCUGCUUUCUAGGGCCCACAAUGAAAAUAAAGCGAUAUGCAAUCUUAGAGAAGUACAGUAAAGAAGUGGAAGCCUUUUACACCGAAUAA